CAGGCCAAUCCCUCAAAAUAUGGUUUGGGGCAUCAGAGUUGCGAGGUGGAAGAGUUGUGGGACAAGCCCAGCGAGGAAGAGGAAACUCUGUACGGCAUGCCUCCCCCCUGCACCCCCCGGCAGAUGAAACGCAUGUCGGGGAAACACCAGAAGAACAGCCAAGGCCAGGGCAGGUCGGCUGGACGCUUUCCUAACAAAGGUAAGUUAGGGGGUAAGAUGGAGGCAGUGGUCACAUAGUCCGAGGUAGAGAGGACGGGUGUAGUGUGGUAAACAUGUCAGGCAAACGCCAGAGGAACAGCCAGGGCAGGUCAUCUGGACGCUCUCCCACCGGACACUCUCCUUACAAGGGUAAGAGAUAAAUAUAUAUUAGAUAAACCCACUCUACCUGUUAGGGUAACUGCAACCAACAUAGUGGCCGGCAUUUGGAACGAGUCAGUAGCAGUGAGUAAAGUAACCACAGCGAGUGGAUUUUCUUGAGGGGUAAAGGUUCUGUUAUUGGGUUUUCCUCUCUGUAUCUCAGCAGACAAGCAGACGGCCCCCUCCAGCCCAUCCCAGCCCAACCACAACAGCCCCAGAGAAGGGGCCGAGCAAGACCGAGACCAAGACGCCCACCUUCAGCCCCCGGAGGCCGAGCAACAUAACUACAAGUUGGACAAGAAAGAGACCGACCCUUCUGAGGGGAUCCAAAUAAACGUAAACAAACAAACUGAGGAUCAACAACACAGCUACAAACAGGGUAAAAAACAACGCGCCACCCAGCGUUCCAGUGAGAGAGACCACAAGAAGACCUUCGACGGUUCCUUCAUGCUGGACCCGCUCUCCAAGACCUCCAUCCCCUUUGGUGGAGGCUCAGCCCUCAACAUGGACCCCAGGAAACCCUACCUGUCACUGGGCUGCGGCAGCGGCAAGCUCCUGGUCACUAUGCCUCACCCCAUGGCCCAUCGCACCCAUCGCCAGACUUCCCGUACAGACUGCCCCGCUGAUAGACUCAAGUUCUUUGAAACGCUAAGGUUGUUAUUGAAGCUCACGUCCAUGUCGUCCAAGAAGAAGGAGAAGGAGCAGCGAGGUCUGGAGAACACGGCCCAGAACAAUGAGGUAUUUGACUGAUUUAUUUCUAUAUUUGUUUAUUCAUUUAUUUAUUACUGGUAUAUAUUUUUAUCUCGCUCUCUCUCCAAACACGCAGGUGGUGUGGCUGGAGCUCCAGGCGUGGCACGCGAGACGCUCCGUCAAUGACCAGGACCUGUUCCUGUUCACAGCUCGUCAGGCCAUCCCAGACAUCAUCAACGAGGUGCUCCACUUCAAGGUCAACUACUACAUCCUGAGCCCCAGCACCGUUGGCCUGGGGAUGGGGGUAGGAGUGGGAGUACCAGGGGCAUCUCCAGACCAGGGGGCCCAGAGGACUCUAGUGUUCACAGAGCCAGGCUGUGGAGGUCCAGGCCUGGAGCCCAAGCAGAGGACUCCAACACAGGGCUCAGAGACUGUUUCUGGGGAGGAAAGGGACUCUAACCAGAUUGCUGCUGGUGGAGCUCCAGAAACUAACCACGCUGUUUCAGUCAACCCGUGGGGCUUCAGCGCCUGCCCAUCCUCGGCGGUAGACGCGGCGGCCCCCCUGGGCUCAGGGGCGGGGUACAGGGAGCAUCUCCAGCGCCAGCGGCUGGCCUUCGAGCAGGUGAAACGGGUGAUGGAGCUGCUGGAGUCAGUAGAGGCUCUGUACCCGUCCCUGCAGACCCUCCAGAAGGACUAUGAGAAGUACGCGGCCAGGGACUUCCAGGGCAGGGUGCAGGCACUCUGUCUCUGGCUCAACAUCACACAGGUACAGUUUUUACUGCAUGCACAUUGAAAGUAAUACCAGUAGCUGGGCAAUGGGAACAGGAUUGUCCUCUCAAUAGCCAAACAAUCCCUUUUUUUGUGGUUCUGUGGUGGCUCAGUUGGUAAUGCAGGGUGCUUGCAACACCAGGAUCAUGGGUUUGACCAAUACAAAAACAUGUAACCAAUACGACUGCGAAAAUGUUUGAAUAAAAGCGUCUGCUAAGUGGCAUAUAUUUGUUAUUAUCACUUAGGAUCUGAACCAGAAGCUGCGUGUCAUGGCCACUGUCCUCGGCCUCCGGGACCUCUCCCGUAUCGGCUGGCCUGUCUUCGAGAUCCCCUCGCCACGUUGUUCCCGCGGCGACGAAGACGAGGGUGAAGAUGAGGAGGAGAACGACUCCACGGCAACCUUCACCGCUGGCGACAGCGACGGAGAGGACCGGGACCUAGUGGAGGAGGGGGGAACGGACGAGCCCCGAGGGGGCGAGAAGAUGGGUGAGCCAGGAGAGGGAGAGCUCUCCCCCUGUUUGUCUCCUAAAUUCCCCCACUUACUAUCCGAACACAAAUUCCUCCCAGCGGCCGGGACUGGGACUAUAGAGGUGGUGUCAGGGGGAACAGGGACAGGAGGGAUAUACUGUCCCACAGCCAUCUACAGACCCUUUGUAGAUAAGGCCUUGAAACAGAUGGGGCUGAGGAAACUGAUCCUGAGGCUACACAAGCUGAUGGACCCCUCCCUCCAGAGGUCCCGGGCAGCCCUGCUCAGCCACAUGCCUGCACAGGAGGUAAGAGAGCGAGAGUUGCCAUACUGUUUUAAUGCGGUAUCCAGAUUGUCAUACCUUCAUACCGACCUUGUGCCAUACCGGGAUAUUCGGUAAUACCAGCACUGAACACGAGGUGCUAUUUUCAAACCCCACUGAUCUUUUGUUAUCCGAAGGUAAGCAAUGCUAACAAGUACAUGUAAAAUCACAUAGAGAAUGCUAACAAGCACAUUGCAAACAUUUUCUACAGUCUCUGACCUAAAGUAUUUCCAGGACAGACAUCCCAGCUCAUAAAGUUAUACGUUAUAAGUUAAGUAACAGAAAAAUGCUGCUCACAGUUUGCUGCACAAAACAAAUAUUAGCCAACUUAAUAGUUAUAAGAUAUAUAGCUGGCAAACAUUUAUACUGAACAAAAAUAUAAUCGCAACAUGCAACAAUUUCAAAGAUUUUACUGAGUUACAGUUCAGAUAAGGAAAACAGUCAAUUGAAAUAUAUGCAUUAGGCCCUAAUCUAUGGAUUUCAAAUGACUGGGAAGGGGCGCAGCCAUGGGUGAGCCUGGGAGGGCAUAGACCCACCCACUGGGGAGCCAGGCCCAGCCAAUCAGUAAGAGUUUUCUCCCCCUCAAAAGAGCUUUAUUACAGACAGAAAUACUCCUCAGUUUCAUCAGCUGUCCGGGUGGCUGGUCUCAGACAAUCCCGCAGGUGAAGAAGCCUGAUGUGGAGGUCCUGGGCUGAUGUGGUUACACGUGGUCUGCGGUUGUGUGGCCGUUUGGACGUACUGCCAAAUUCUCUAAAACGAUGUUGGAGGCAGCUAAUGGUAGAGAAAUGAACAUUCAAUUCUCUGGCAGCAGCUCUGGUGGACAUUCCUGCAGUGAGCAUGCCAAUUGCACGCUCCCUCAACUUGAGACAUCUGUGGCAUUGUGUUGUGACAAAACUGCACAUUUUAGUGGCCUUCUAUUGUCCCCAGCACAAGGUGCACAUGUGUAAUGAUCAUGCUGUUUAAUUAGCUUCUUGAUAUGCCACACCUGUCAGGCAAAGGAGGAACGCUCACUAACAGGGAUGUAAACACAUUUGUGCACAAAAUUUGAGAGAGAGAAGCUUUUUGUGCUUAUGUAAAAUUUCUGGAAUCUUUCAUUUCAGCUCAUGAUACACGUGACCAACACUUUACAUGUUGCAUUUAUAUUUUUGUUCAGUAUAGUUGUAAAUUCCAUGCUUUAACUACAUCACCUGACGCGUGCUGUACAACAGUGGGUGACUCACAAGGCUCCGGUCUAUUGUCGUUGUGUGCUUGUAAACAAACACCAUGUGACUGGGGACUACCGGGAAGUUUCAUAAUGAAAAAUUAUGUGACCGGUGAAAUGAAGAACGCAAUCGUCUUUAUCUUCUAACAUAUUGAACAAGUUGACUGCAGGUAUUUACUUAGAAAGUAGCUACAAAUAUUCAAAUGUAUAAAACAAAAUCAUAGUUUUGACGGUAUUGAAAAACCAUCCCGCAGGUGUUGGAUAUUGAAUGAGAGAACUCUGCACACUGCAAUCGAUUCUCCUGACAACUUCUCUCAUAGGUCUUCACCGGGUCUCGAAACAUUGAGUGGUUGAAAGGUUGUCGUCAAUUAACUACAUGGAUUGCAGUGUGGAGUCCCUAUCUAUGGAUUUCACACUAUCAUACCCAUCCAUACUGUGCAGGAUCAGAUAUUCACAUUGUCCUUUCCAUCACAGUUCCAGCAACUAUAGCGGAUGGUCCUUGCUAUCCGGGAUCCUUGGGACGACCCUACCCCCCAUUGAAGUUGACAUUUAAAAUGGUUAAGGUUAGGUAAGGGUUAAGGUUAGGUUACACCUCGAUCACACCGAUAGCGUCAUGAAUUAGUCCCUGAUUUAAUUUUUAAUAAGGCUUAAUGGAGGUCGUUCUUCUAGUCUUCUCCAUCACAUCUGGGAAAGCAAAUAUGAAUGCCAAUCAUGCAAUCUUUUUUUGCACAAUCACAAAUGACCCUCAUUCAUACAUAAUUACAGUUAAAUUGAUUUCCAACAAAGCUGCCACUGCACUGCAAGGUCCAUUGGCAACUACGGUGUGCUGGUUGAAAAACAGUUCACCACAUACUCAACUUGUAAACAGCAAGAGAUUUAAGCUAGAAAUGUACACUGCUCUUGUUAGGGAUAUUUGGAAACAUUUUCUUCACAGUUGACCAGUCGAAUUGACCAGUUGAAUAGUCAAGAGGUUUGGGAAACUGCAUUCCACUAUGCUUACCUCAUCACGCCGUCCUCACCCUCUCCUGCUCUGUAGUUUGCCGACAUGCUAACCUCUCUGUGUAUUGUGUGUUUUGUAUGCGUGACUACCCCUAGUUCACGGACUUCCCAGACCCCAUGCUGUACAGUGACUACCUACCAGAGCUGUCCCGCCACCUGUCCUCCUGUAGCGCCCCCUGUGGCCCGGAGCUGGGGGCGGACCAGGUCUCUUGGGAGGAGCUGCUGGACAUGGACCUCCCCUCGUUCCGACCUGCCUUCCUGGUCCUGUGCCGGGUCCUGCUGAACGUGAUACACGAGUGCCUUAAACUGAGACUGGAGCAGAGACCUGCAGGGGAGCCUUCACUGCUCAGCAUCAAACAGGUCAGCAGGCACACUGUUUUGCUAUCUCUAUUGUCGGAUUCACUCUAUUGGGCCAACCAGAACAGUACUGUGCUGGCUCAGAUAUUUUCCUUUAAAGCACAGUUCUAUCGUCUAUGGUGGAUGUGUAACCAGGCCAGCCUAUUACAGCUUGGCUUGAUGCCCAUGCUAACCGGAGUCUCCAUCUGUCCUGUAGUUGGUGCGUGAAUGUAAGGAGGUGUUGAAAGGUGGUCUCCUGAUGAAGCAGUAUUACCAGUAUAUGCUGACGGGGCUGGUCACAGACCCCCAGGGACUCCAGACCAACGCCAACAUAGACGAGUUCGAGGACGACCUCCACAAGAUGCUGAUGGUAAGACAGACCUACUGAGUCAGGAUUAGUGUUGCAAAAUUCCCCGGUUUCCAGAAAUCCUGGUUGGAAGAUUCCAGGGGUUAUGAGGAAAUAAGCAGGAAAUCCAGGAAUCCUCCAACCAGGAUUUCUGGGAAACCAGAUCAUUUUUGGAAAGUUACAACCUAGACAGAAUCAUCAUGAAAUGAUAAUAAGGCAUAAUAAGGGGGUCAUACAUGCUUAUGUCAAGUCUUAUAAUGCAUUAUAACUGCACCAUAACAUAGAGGAGAUGGAGAAGGACCUCCACAAGAUGCUGGCUGUAACACAGACGAGCUACUGAGUACUAAACUGUAGAAGAUGCAGUGGAUCAUUGGAUCUCCACUGAACGUACUGUUUAGUCCUGGAAUAAGUUCAACCUGUGUCUGGGAAAUGGGGCCCUAAACCAUUGAAAUGUGCAUUGAUCAAAGUGUGUGCAUCGUGCAGAGACUCUCUUCAAUCCCAUCUUCCUGUACCUUAGCUUCUCUGUAUGGUGUAGAAUUACCCCAGAGUUUACUUCCUGUACCUUAGCUUCUCUGUAUGGUGUAGAAUUACCCCAGAGUUUACUUCCUGUACCUUAGCUUCUCUGUAUGGUGUAGAAUUACCCCAGAGUUUACUUCCUGUACCUUAGCUUCUCUGUAUGGUGUAGAAGUACCCCAGAGUUGACUGAGCUCAGAGAGUACAGCUUCUGCAUCAUGAUCCUUUAACCAGGGGAAGUUACACCCUAUGGGCCCUGGUCAAAAUAAGUGCACUAAAUAGUUUUAAUGUCACAUGCACAAGUACAGUGAAAUGCCUUUCUUGCAAACUCAAAUCCCAACGAUGCAGUAGUCAAUGUAAUACUAGAAGAAAUAUGAAGAACACAAUAAGUAAGUAAGCAUAUUAUAUACAGGGUCAGUUCCAAUACCAUAUUUACAAUGUGCAGGGAUACUGGAGUGAUGGAGGUAGAUACAGUAGGGGAAAAAAGUAUUUAGUCAGCCACCAAUUGUGCAAGUUCUCCCACUUAAAAAGAUGAGAGAGGCCUGUAAUUUUCAUUUUACAUUACAUUUACAUUACGUUCAACCUAUCCAGAGCGAUCAUAGGUACACCAAUAUGACAGACAAUGAAAAAAAAUUCCACAAAAUCACGUAGGAUUUCUAAUGAAUUUAUUUGCAAAUUAUGGUGGAAAAUAAGUAUUUGGUCAAUAACAAAAGUUUCUCAAUACUUUGUUAUAUACCCUUUGUUGGCAAUGACACAGGUCAAACGUUUUCUCUAAGUCUUCACAAGGUUUUCACACACUGUUGCUGGUAUUUUGGCCCAUUCCGCUAUGCAGAUCUCCUCUAGAGCAGUGAUGUUUUGGGGCUGUCGCUGGGCAACACAGACUUUCAAUUCCCUCCAAAGAUUUUCUAUGGGGUUGAGAUCUGGAGACUGGCUAGGCCACUCCAGGACCUUGAAAUGCUUCUUACGAAGCCACUCCUUCGUUGCCCGGGCGGUGUGUUUGGGAUCAUUGUCAUGCUGAAAGACCCAGCCACGUUUCAUCUUCAAUGCCCUUGCUGAUGGAAGGAGGUUUUCACUCAAAAUCUCACGAUACAUGGCCCCAUUCAUUCUUUCCUUUACACGGAUCAGUCGUUCCUGGUCCCUUUGCAGAAAAACAGCCCCAAAGCAUGAUGUUUCCACCCCCAUGCUUCACAGUAGGUAUGGUGUUCUUUGGAUGCAACUCAGCAUUCUUUGUCCUCCAAACACGACGAGUUGAGUUUUUACCAAAAAGUUAUAUUUUGGUUUCAUCUGACCAUAUGACAUUCUCCCAAUCCUCUUCUGGAUCAUCCAAAUGCACUCUAGCAAACUUCAGACGGGCCUGGACAUGUACUGGCUUAAGCAGGUGGAAACGUCUGGCACUGCAGGAUUUGAGUCCCUGGCGGCGUAGUGUGUUACUGAUGGUAGGCUUUGUUACUUUGGUCCCAGCUCUCCGCAGGUCAUUCACUAGGUCCCCCCUGUGUGGUUCUGGGAUUUUUGCUCACCAUUCUUGUGAUCAUUUUGACCCCACGGGGUGAGAUCUUGCGUGGAGCCCCAGAUCGAGGGAGAUUAUCAGUGGUCUUGUAUGUCUUCCAUUUCCUAAUAAUUGCUCCCACAGUUGAUUUCUUCAAACCAAGCUGCUUACCUAUUGCAGAUUCAGUCUUCCCAGCCUGGUGCAGGUCUACAAUUUUGUUUCUGGUGUCCUUUGACAGCUCUUUGGUCUUGGCCAUAGUGGAGUUUGGAGUGUGACUGUUUGAGGUUGUGGACAGGUGUCUUUUAUACUGAUAACAAGUUCAAACAGGUGCCAUUAAUACAGGUAACGAGUGGAGGACAGAGGAGCCUCUUAAAGAAGAAGUUACAGGUCUGUGAGAGCCAGAAAUCUUGCUUGUGUGUAGGUGACCAAAUACUUAUUUUCCACCAUAAUUUGCAAAUAAAUUCAUUAAAAAUCCUACAAUGUGAUUUUCUGGAUUUUUUUUCUCAAUUUGUCUGUCAUAGUUGACAUGUACCUAUGAUGAAAAUUACAGGCCUCUCAUCUUUUUAAGUGGGAGAACUUGCACAAUUGGUGGCUGACUAAAUACUUUUCCCCCCCCACUGUAUGUAUAGGGGUAAGGUGACUAGGUAUCAGCAGCUUGUAUGUGAGUGGGUGUGUGUGUAGAGUUGGUAUAAAUAUGGCCCUGUGAGUGUGCAUAGAGACGGUGCAAAAAGAAAAGGUCAAUAAAGAUGCAAGGUAAAGGCUGAUAGUCGUUAUAGUAUAGAAGUAGAUCUAGAUAUACAGUAGAUAGUCUGUGUAGCUGUUUAUUUACCAGUCUUAUUGCUUGGGGGAUAGAAGCUGUUCAAGAGCCUGUUGGUGCCAGACUUGAUGCUCCGGUACCGCUUGCCGUGCGGAAGCAGAGAGAAUAGUCUAUGGCUUGGGUGGUUGGAGUCUUUAACAAUUUUCCGGUCUUUCCCUCCACACCGCCUGAUUAAGAUGUCCUGGAUGGCAGGGAGCUCGGCCCCAUUGAUGUACUGGGCUGUCCCCCCCGUUUCCUGUAGUCCACAACCAGCUCCUUGGUCUUACUGACGUUGAGGGACAGGUUGUUGUUCCGGCACCACACUGCCAGGUCUCUGACCUCCUCACUAUAGGCUGUCUCAUCGUCGCCGGUGAUCAGGCCUACCACCGUUGUGUCGUCAGCAAACUUGAUGGUUUUGGAGUUGUGCGUGGCCACGCAGUGGUGGGUGAACAGGGAGUACAGGAGGGUCUAAGCACGCACCCCUGAGGGGCCCCCGUGUUGAGGUUCAGCGUGGUGGAAGUGUUGUUUCCUACCUUCACCACCUGGGGGCGGACCGUCAGGAAGUCUAGGAUCCAGUUGCACAGGGAGGCGUUCAGACCCAUGUAGUCAAUGAACAGCAUACUCACAUAGGUAUUCCUCUUAUCUAGGUGGGUGAGGGCAAUGUGGAGAGCAAUUGAGAUUGCGUCAUCUAUGGAUCUGUUGGGGCGGUAUGUAAAUUGGAGUGGGUCUAGGGUGUCUGGGAUGAUGGAGUUAAUGUGUGCCAUAACCAGCCUCUCAAUGCACUUCAUGAUUACAGAUGUGAGUGCUACAGGGCGGUAGUCAUUGUGGCAUGAAGCCUUAGAGUUCUUGGGGACAGGAAUGAUGGCGGUCAUUUUAAAAUGUGGGGAUUACAGACUGGGACAAGGAGAGGUGAAUAUGCCUGCCAGCUGUUCUGCGCAUGCUCUGAGAAUGCGCCCUGGAAUACCGUCGGGCCUUGCUGGUGUUGACCUGAUUUAAAGACCUUUCUCACGUCGGCCUCCGAGAGCGAGAUCACCCAAUCCUGUGGGUCGGUGACCGCCCUCACACCAGGCACGAUGUUGUCAAUGCGUGCAUAAAAUUCAUUGAGUUUGUCUGGUAGAGAGGCAUCGUUGGGCAGAUCACUGCUGGGUCUUCCUUUGUAAUCCGUAAUUGACUGUAGCCCCUGCCACAUGCAGCGGGUGUUGGAGCCUGUGUAAUAUGAUUCCACCUUAUUCCUAUAUUGUCCUUUUGCUUGUUUGAUGACUCUGCGGAGGUCGUAGUGGGACUUCUUCUACUUGUUCCUGUCCUCAGCCGUAGCCUCAGGGUUGUCUGCGAUAGCUCGGUGUGCGGUAGCCCUGAGUUUAGCGCCAAACUUGGUGUUAAUCCAGGGCUUUUGAUUGGGGAAGCAGCGAACUUCCUGUUUGAGUUUCUGCUUGUAAACAGGAAGCAGGAGUACAUGAUCUGAUUUUCCGAAUGGCGGAUGAGGGAGGGCCUUGUAUGCUUGCUUGUUGGUAGAAUAACAGUGGUCUAGGACUUUAUCGCCCCUAGGGAAUAAAUAGGGUGCCGUUUGGGACUCUACCAGAUUAGGGAGGUAUACUGUAUGAGAGGCUUGUGUGUCUCUCUGGAUAGCUGGCCAGUACCCAUGACUGAGGCUCAAAGGUAUAGCUCCUGGUAAAUCUACUUGAGAACACUGUGUGCUGAUUUGUGGAGUGAGUGUGUUUUAACCAAUCACUACAAAGCUGAAGCAGCACAUGGUAGGGGUGUGGUAGGAAUUGGCUUCAGUCAGUCACUGAUUACUUCUCAGGAAUUUGAGUCUGAACAGACUGCCGGCCGGUAGUCUGAUAGAAACCUGAUAAAACACGAAGUUCCUGAAUUCCAAGAAGGCUCAGAACCACAGCACUAUCAGGGUCAAAGUCUAGUCUACCGCCUGCUGCCAGCACUCAAAGCUUUACUUUAGGAAUAUCACAACCCUGCCCUGCAGAGCACAGGGGCUUGGAGUGCAGAGCAGAGGGGCUUGGAGUGCAGAGCAGAGGGGCUUGGAGUGCAGAGCAGAGGGGCUUGGAGUGCAGCGCAGAGGGGCUUGGAGUGCAGCGCAGAGGGGCUUGGAGUGCAGAGCAGAGGGGCUUGGAGUGCAGAGCAGAGGGGCUUGGAGUGCAGAGCAGAGGGGCUUGGAGUGCAGAGCAGAGGGGCUUGGAGUGCAGAGCAGAGGGGCUUGGAGUGCAGAGCAGAGGGGCUUGGAGUGCAGAGCAGAGGGGCUUGGAGUGCAGAGCAGAGGGGCUUGGAGUGCAGAGCAGAGGGGCUUGGAGUGCAGAGCAGAGGCGCCUGCAGAGCAGAGGCGCUUGCAGAGGCGCCUGCAGAGCAGAGGCGCUUGCAGAGGGGCCUGCAGAGCAGAGGGGCCUGCAGAGCAGAGGGGCUUGCAGAGGGGCCUGCAGAGCAGAGGGGCUUGCAGAGGGGCCUGCAGAGCAGAGGGGCUUGCAGAGGGGCCUGCAGAGCAGAGGGGCUUGCAGAGGGGCCUGCAGAGCAGAGGGGCUUGCAGAGGGGCCUGCAGAGCAGAGGGGCUUGCAGAGGGGCCUGCAGAGCAGAGGGGCCUGCAGAGCAGAGGGGCCUGCAGAGCAGAGGGGCCUGCAGAGCAGAGGGGCUUGCAGAGCAGAGGGGCCUGCAGAGCAGAGGGGCCUGCAGAGCAGAGGGGCCUGCAGAGGAGAGCAGAGGGGCUUGGAGAGCAGAGCAGAGGAGAGCAGAGGGGCUUGGAGAGCAGAGGAGAGCAGAGGGGCUUGCAGAGGGGCUUGCAGAGCAGAGGAGAGCUGAGGGGCUUGCAGGGCAGAGGAGAGCCGAGGGGCUUGCAGGGCAGAGGAGAGCCGAGGGGCUUGCAGGGCAAAGGAGAGCCGAGGGGCUCGCAGGGCAGAGGAGAGCCGAGGGGCUCGCAGGGCAGAGGAGAGCCGAGGGGUCGCAGGGCAAGAGGAGAGCCGAGGGGCUCGCAGGGCAGAGGAGAGCCGAGGGGCUCGCAGGGCAGAGGAGAGCCGAGGGGCUCGCAGGGCAGAGGAGAGCCGAGGGGCUCGCAGGGCAGAGGAGAGCCGGGGGGCCUGCAGGGCAGAGGAGAGCAGGGGGGCCUGCAGGGCAGAGGAGAGCAGGGGGGCCUGCAGGGCAGAGGAGAGCAGGGGGGCCUGCAGGGCAGAGGAGAGCAGGGGGGCCUGCAGGGCAGAGGAGAGCAGGGGGGGCUGCAGGGCAGAGGAGAGCAGGGGGGCCUGCAGGGCAGAGCAGGGGGGCCUGCAGGGCAGAGCAGGGGGGCCUGCAGAGCAGAGCAGAGGGGCUUGCAGAGCAGAGAGGCCAAUACAAUAAGAAUGACCGCAGAGGAUUAAUAUAUUCCCCAGUAUCUCUGGAAAGGAGCAUCAAGUUCAUCACCGUGCACUUUCACCAUCCUGUAGCCUAAACUGCAUGCUUUUCCAAGUCGCAGUGGGAGGACAACACAACAUAGCAUCGAGUGACUACAAAUUUACCUCGACAUGAUGGUUAUUCUAUCAACAAUUGCGCAAUAAAUUGUUUCCACCGCAAUUCGUCGCAUAGUUUAAUUUUACCAACACAAAAAGAUCCCACCAUGUCGAACGAAGAAAUUGUCUGUCGACAUUUAUGAAAUCGUACCGACACUUCCUGUUUCCAUCACAGCUGUCAUGAUUUUUUUAUACAGCAUGACUUACUGGAAUAUAAACUGUGGAUAGAAACGUGGUUACUGGCACGUGACAAUCAUAUGGUGGAGAAACCAUGCAAAGCUAUUGUCAAAACACACAUUUAGGAACUGGAUUUGAUUAUCACGUCUCAAACUUGAGACGAAACUAACUGCUGCAUGCACCUUUUUAUUUAAAUGAAUAACAUUGGAAAUACACCUACCUGUAGGUAGGCAAAAAGAUCCACUUAGCUGAUGAUCACCACACAUUCAUCCCUCUGUCUGCAGGUGUACUUUGACUACAUGCACAGCUGGAUCCGGAUGCUGCAGCAGCUUCCCCAGGCCUCCCACAGCCUGAAGAACGUUCUGGAGGAAGGAGUGGAACUUUACCAAGGUCAUCACCCCCUACAUCAGAGGAGGGGAGGCUCAGUCAGGGAAACUCUUCUGGUUAGUGUUUGACUGAUUUUUGUUUCUUUGUUCUAUUGUAUCUCUUAUCUCAUUUUGAGCAUCUAUACUCCUUGGAAGCAUCCAACUUGCUCCCUCUUCAACACUGUGUUUAGUUAGCUCAGCUUGGCUAAAGAUCCCACCCUGCCUCUUCUCUCUCAGUGAUAUUGCUGGGAUGCUGCUCAAGUCCACUGGGGACUUCCUGGACGCGGGCCUGCAGAGGAGUGGUGAUGAAUUCUGGGAAAGUGCCGACGAUAGUACAGCCUCAGACGAGAUCAGGUAUGUCUUAUUUUAUGUUUUAGAUAGUAGGAACUGCCAGGGACCUCACGAUACGAUAUUAUCACCAUACUUAGGUGCCGAUACAAUAUGUAUUGCAAUUCUCUCUAAUUUUAUUGUGAUUUUAUGUUCCAAACAUAUUGCUCAUUAUAUAGGUCUGCUGCAGAGAGACGAGAGCGUAUGAGAAAAUGGAUUUUGAUCAGUGAUGGAAAUAAAAGUGCUGAAAACCUUGUUGGCUCACUAUUUUAAAAGAAUAUGGAGAACAAGGUAAAGGAUGAAAAAUACAGGCGUUUUGGUUCAGCCGACUAGCGCAACCUAGCAAAAAGUAUAUACACAGAGUAUACAAAAUGUUAAGGACACCUGCUCUUUCCAUGACAUAGACUGACCAGGUGAAUCCAGGUGAAAGCUAAGACCCCUUAUUGAUGUCACUUGUUAAAUCCACUUCAAUCAGUGUAGAUGAAGGGGAGGAGACAGGUUAAAGAAGGAUUUUUAAGCCUUGAGACAAUUGAGACAUGGAUUGUGUGUGUGUGCCAUUCAGAGGGUGAAUGGGCAAGAUGUAAUAUUGAAGUGCCUUUGAAUGGGGUAUGGAAGUAGGUGACAAGUUUGUGUCAAGAACUGCAACCCUGCUGGGUUUUUCACGCUCAACAGUUUCCCGUGUGUAUCAAGAAUGGUCCACCACCCAAAGAACAUCCAGCCAACUUGACACAACUGUGGGAAGCAUCGGAGUCAACAUGGGCCAGCAUCCAUGUGGAACGCUUUCGACACCUUGUAGAAUCCAUGCCCCAACGAAUUGAGGCUGUUCUGAGGGUAAAAGGGGUUGGGGUGCAACUCAAUAUUAGGAAGGUGUUCCUAAUGUUUGGUAUACUCAGUGUAUAUAUAUAGAUUUAUACAACAGGUGGGUCUAAUCCUGAAUGCUGAUUUGGUUAAAACCACAUUCCAGCCGGAGUCUAUUCCACAAGUUACCAACGGCUAAAUCUAUGACGUUAAAAUGCCUAUUUACUCUGUUCCAGCUGACUGCGCAAUCCACUGUCUCAUCAGCCCAGCCAGGCAAUUUAUAAACUUGAUCUCCACUAUAAAAAAGCGUCUAGACAUUAUCUCAUUUCUUUUAGACUAACAUUUAGCUUUCAACAACGGAGAUUUGUAUAAACUUUGUCUGUCUCUCCAACAUUUGCAACAUUGUUUAAAUAUUCAAAUUUGAUCUCCAGCUGUCCCAUGAACGUGUCGGGAGUGGGGAUGAUAUAUACAAAGAACUAUCAAUAGAAAACAGGUAAAACGAAACGAAGUGCAGCUAGUCUGCAGUCUUUCCAGCUUCAGUUUGAAGUGAUUUGUGUUGUUGGCUAGCUCCUCUGAACAACAGUGUCCUGACGAGAGAGCACAUUUUCUAUGCCAGGAGAAAUCGUGCAUCAUUAGCUCAUUGUUAUGGAUGUAUCUAAAUAAAUGUCACUAGAAAACAGCUUAAACAAACACAAUUGCAGUUACUUUGCUGUUAUUCUGGCUGCACUGUUUGACGUAACUGUAAAUUAGCCGUAGUUGGCUAGCUAGCAAGCAAGGGAUAAGAACGUUGCCAGCCAGUAUGCCAAUGGAACAUUUAGAACGAAAGACUGGGUCGCGUCCAUAGAUACAGAACAAAAAGACUGAAUGACUGGGUCGCGUCUCUGGCAGCCAAACCGAUAGAACGAACAACCAGCCGGCUUGGGUAGCAACCCUAGAUUUGUGUUGGGACUAUAUCUUGUGGAAGGAUGAAAUAGUAUGAAUAAAGUCAUCAAAAUAACGUUUUUAAUGAAAAUAUGUCAACCAUUAUUUGAAUAUGUUGGUAACCCGUUGUAUAAAAGUGAUAACGUCCUCGAAGCCAGUGUUUGGUGGAUAUAUUGGCACAGUUUGCCUCGACAUCGUCUUGGGCCUAACAACACCUGUGCCAACAUAUCCUUCAAACACCAGCUUCUCGGGCAUUAUCACUUAACUAUAGCCUAGCAUUCUUCACAGCAUUUAGAGUCAUAUACAAUACAUAAUUGACUUCUAAAACAGUGUGUAACAGUUUCACAUGCAAUCGCUCAGACCGUGUAAAGAUCAAUAUAAAAGCUGUGAGGUGCCUGUUUCUCAAACUAGACACUAAUAUAUUUGUCUUGCUCAGUUAUGCACCGGGGCCUCCCACUCCCCCAGUUUUCAGCUGUGCUAACAUAAUUGCAAAAGGGUUUUCUAAUGAUCAAUUAGCCUUUUAAAAUUAUAAACUUGGAUUAGCAAACACAACGUGCCAUUGGAACAUAGGACUGAUGGUUGCUGAUAAUGGGCCUCUGUACGCCUAUGUAGAUAUUCCAUAAAAAAACUGCAAUUUCCAGCUACAAUAGCCAUUUACAACAUUAACAAAUGUCUACACUGUAUUUCUGAUCAAUUUGAUGUUGUUUUAAUUGACAAAUAAAUUGCUUUUCUUUUGAAAACAAAUACAUUUCUAAGUGACCCCAAACUUUUGAAUGGUAGUGUGUGUGUGUAUGUAUGUAUAUAUAUAUAUAUAUAUAUAUAUAUAUAUAUAAUAUGAAAUUAUUGCAUAUUGCAUUUAUAUUUUUGUUCAAUAUAUAUAUAUAUAUAUAUAUAUAUAUACUGAACAAAAAUAUAAAUGCAAUAUGCAAUAAUUUCAAAGAUUUUACUGGGUUACAGUUCAUAUAAGGAAAUCAGUCAAUUGAAAUAAAUGUAAUUAGGCCCUAAUCUAUGGAUUUCACAUGCCUGGGCAGGGAUGGAGCCAUGGGUGGGCAUAGGCCCAGCCUGACUCCGGUAAGACAAGGGGUGGCGGUCUGUGUAUAUUUGUAAACAACAGCUGGUGCACGAAAUCUAAUAUUAAGGAAGUCUCUAGGUUUUGCUCUCCUGAGGUAGAGUAUCUCAUGGAAAGCUGUAGACCACACUAUUUACCAAGAGUUUUCAUCUAUAUUUUUCGUUGCUGUCUAUUUACCACCACAAACCGAUGCUGGCACUAAGACUGCAUUCAAUGAGCUGUAUAAGGUCAUAAGCAAACAGGAAAACGCUGAUCCAGAGGCAGCGCUCCUAGUGGCCGGGGACUUUAAUGCAGGGAAACUUAAAUCUGUUCUACCUAAUUUCUACCAGCAUGUUAAAUGUGCAACCAGAGGAAAAAAAACUCUAGACCACCUUUACUCCACACACAGAGACGCGUACAAAGCUCUCCCUCGCCCUCCAUUUGGCAAAUCUGACCAUAAUUUUAUCCUCCUGAUUCCUGCUUAUAAGCAAAAACUAAAGCAGGAAGCACCAGUGACUCGGUUAAUAAGGAAGUGGUCAGAUGAAGCAGAUGCUAAGCUACAGGACUGUUUUGCUAGCACAGACUGGAAUAUGUUCCGGGAUUCUUCCGAUGGCAUUGAGGAGUAUACCACCUCAGUCCCUGGCUUCAUCAAUAAGUGCAUCGAUGACGUCGUCCCCACAGUGACCAUACGUACAGUACCAGUCAAAAGUUUGGACACACCUACUCAUUCAAGGGUUUUUCACAUUGUAGAAUAAUAUUGAAGACAUCAAAACUAUGAAAUAACACAUAUGGAAUCAUGUAGUAACCAAAAAAGUGUUAAACAAAUACAAAUAUAUUUUGUAUUUGAGAUUCUUCAAAUUGCCACCCUUUGCCUUGAUGACAGCUUUGCACACUCUUGGCAUUCUCUCAACCUGCUUCACCUGGAAUGCUUUUCCAACAGUCUUGAAGGAGUUCCCACAUGUGCUGAGCACUUGUUGGCUGCUUUUCCUUCACUCUGCGGUCUGACUCAUCCCAAACCAUCUCAAUAGGGUUGAGGUCAGGGGAUUGUGGAGGCCAGGUCAUCUGAUGCAGCACUCCAUCACUCUCUUUCUUGGUAAAAUAGCCCUUACACAGCCUGUAGGUGUGUUGGGUCAUUGUCCUGUUGAAAAACAAAUGAUAGUCCACUAAGCCCAAACCAGAUGGGAUGGCGUAUCGCUGUGGUAGCCAUGCUGGUUAAGUGUGCCUUGAACUCUAAAUAAAUCACAGACAGUGUCACCAGCAAAGCAUCCCCACACCAUAACACCACCUCCUCCAUGCUUUACGGUGGGAAAUACACAUGCGGAUAUCAUCCGUUCACCCACACCGCGUCUCACAAAGACACGGCGGUUGGAACCAAAAAUCGCAAAUUUGGACUCCAGACCAAACUACAAAUUUCCACCAGUCUGAUGUCCAUUGCUCGUGUUUUUUGGCCCAAGCAGGCCUCUUCUUCUUGUUGGUGUCCUUUAGUAGUGGUUUCUUUGCAGCAAUUUGACCAUGAAGGCCUGAUUCACACAGUCCCCUCUGAACAGUUGAUGUUGAGAUGUGUCUGUUACUUGAACUCUGUGAAGCAUUUAUUUGGGCUGCAAUUUCUGAGGCUGGUAACUCUAAUGAACUUAUCCUCUGCAGCAGAGGUAACUCUGGGACUUCCAUUCCUGUCGUGGUCCUCAUGAGAGCCAGUUUCAUCAUAGCGCUUGAUGGUUUUGCAACUGCACUUGAAGAAACGUUCAAUGUUCUUGAAAUGUCCCGUAUUGACUGACCUUCAUGUCUUAAAGUAAUGAUGGACUAUCAUUUCUCUUUGCUUAUUUGAGGUGUUCUUGCCAAAUAGGUAUAUCUUCUACCUUGUCACAAAACAACUGAUUGGCUCAAACGCAUUAAGAAGGAAAGAAAAUCCACAAAUUAACUUUUAAGAAGGCACACCUGUUAAUUGAAAUGCAUUUUAGGUGACUACCUCAUGCAGCUGGUUGAGAGAAUGCCAAGAGUGUGCAAAGCUGUCAUCAAGGCAAAGAGUGGCUAUUUGAAGAAUCUCAAAUACAAAAUAUAUUUGUAUUUGUUUAACACUUUUUUGGUUACUACAUGAUUUCAUAUGUUAUUUCAUAGGUUUGAUGUCUUCACUAUUAUUCUACAAUGUAGAAAAUAGUAAAAAUAAAGAAAAACCCUGGAAUGAGUAGGUGUAUCCAAACUUUUGACUGGCACUGUACAUAAAACAAACAGAAGCCAUGGAUUACAGGCAACAUCUGCACUGAGCUAAAGGAUAGAGCUGCCGCUUUCAAGGAGCGGGACUGUAACCCGGACGCUUAUAAGAAAUCCCGCUAUGCCCUCCGACGAACCAUCAAACAGGCAAAGAGUCAAUACAGGACUAAGAUUUAAUCGUACUACACCAGCUCCGACGGUCGUCGGAUGUGGCAGGGCUUGCAAACUAUUACAGACUACAAAGGGAAGCACAGCCGCGAGCUCCCCAGUGACACGAGACUACCAGACAAGCUACAUUUCUUCUAUGCGCGCUUCGAAGGCAAGCAACACUGAAGCAUGCAUGAGAGCAUCAGCUGUUCUGGAUGACUGUGAUCACGCUCUCCGUAGCCGACGUGAGUAAGAAUUUUAAGCAGGUCAACAUUCACAAGGCCGCAGGGCCAGACGGAUUACCAGGACGCGUACUCCGAGCAUGCGCUGACCGACUGGCAAGUGUCUUCACUGACAUUUUCAACAUGUCCCUGACUGAGUCUAAUACCAACAUGUUUCAAGCAGACCACCAUAGUCCCUGUGCCCAAUUUACACUAAGAUAACCUGCCUAAAUGACUACCGACCCGUAGCACUCACGUCUGUAGCCAUGAAGUGCUUUGAAAGGCUGGUCAUGGCUCACGUCAACGCCCAUUAUCCCAGAAACCCUAGACCCACUCCAAUUUGCAUACCGCCCCAACAGAUCCACAGAUGAUGCAAUCUCUAUUGCACUCCACACUGCCCUUUCCCACCUGGACAAGAGGAACACCUACGUGAGAAUGCUAUUCAUUGACUACAGCUCAGCAUUCAACACCAUAGUGCCCUCAAAGCUCAUCACUAAGCUAAGGACCUUGGGACUAAACACCUCCUUCUGCAACUGGAUCCUGGGCUUCCUGACUGGCCGCCCCCAGGUGGUAAGGGUAGGUAACAACACAUCUGCCACGCUGAUCCUCAACACAGGGGCCCCUCAGGGGUGUGUGCUCAGUCCCCUCCUGUACUCCCUGUUCACCAAUUAACUGCAUGGCCAGGCACGACUCCAACACCAUCAUUAAGUUUGCCGAUGACACAACGAUGAGACAGCCUAAAGGGAGGAGGUCAGAGACCUGGCCGUGUGGUGCCAGGACAACAACCUGUCCCUCAACGUGAUCAAGACAAAGGAGAUGAUUGUGGACUACAGGAAAAAGAAGAGGACCGAGCACGCCCCCACACUCAUCGACGGGGCUGUAGUGGAGCAGGUUGAGAGCUUCAAGUUCCUUGGUGUCCACAUCACCAACAAACUAACAUUGUCCAAGCAUACCAAGACAGUUGUGAAGAGGGCACAACAAAACCUAUUCCCCCUAAGGAGACUGAAAAGAUUUGGCAUGGGUCCUCAGAUCCUCAAAACGUUCUACAGCUGCACCAUCGAGAGCAUCCUGACUGGUUGCAUCACUGCCUGGUAUGGGAACUGCUCGGCCUCCGACCGCAAGGCACUACAGAGGGUAGUGCGUACGGCCCAGUACAUCACUGGGGCCAAGCUUCCUGCCAUCCAGGACCUCUAUACCAGGCAGUGUCAGAGGAAGGCCCUAAAAAUUGUCUCCAGCCACCCUAGUCAUAGACUGUUCUCUCUGCUACAGCACGGCAAGCGGUACCGGAGCGCCAAGUCUAGGUCCAAGAGGCUUCUAAACAGCUUCUACCCCCAAGCCAUAAGACUCCUGAACAUCUAAUCAAACGAUCCCGCAGGUGAAGAAGGCGGAUAUGGAGGUCCUGGGCUGGCGUGGUUGUGAGGCCGGUUGGACGUACUGCCAAAUUCUCUAAAACGACGUUGGAGGCAGCUUAUGGUAGAAAAAUGAACAUUCAAUUCUCUGGCAACAGCUCUGGUGGAUAUUCCUUCAGUCAGCAUGCCAAUUGCACGCUCCCUCAACUUGAGACAUCUGUGGCAUUGUGUUGUGUGACAAAACUGCACAUUUUAGAGUGGCUUUCUAUUGUCCCCAGCACAAGGUGCACCUUUGUAAUGAUCAUGCUGUUUAUUCAUCUUCUUGAUAUGCCACACGUCAGGUGGAUGGAUUAUCUUGGCAAAGGAGAAUGCUCACUAACAGGGAUGUAAACAAAUUUGUUCACAACAUUUUUGAUAUUGAUAUGAUAUUUUUGCUGAGUGUAUAUAUUAUGUUUUUUUUUUUAAAACAAAUCGAUACUUGGAGUCAAAGUUUCGCUGUAAUAUCACGAUUAUGUAACAAUGUCCCCCCCCCACCUCACUAUUAGAUAUGUGGUUUUAAAUAUGACCAACUGAAUUCCUCACUGUUGGGAUAAUAAAGUGAACUUGAUUUGCUGAGAGACUGAUGGUGAGCUGGUUUGUUGUCCUAGGCGGUCGGUAAUCGAGACGAGCCGGUCACUCAAGGAACUGUUCCAUGAGGCUAGAGAGAGGGCGUCCAAAGCUCUGGGCUUUGCCAAAAUGCUCCGUAAGGUGACUGCAGUUUUUGUUUUUCCCCAUCUUCCUCCUGCUAAGUUUUACUUGGCAAAUGCAUAUAUGUAUGUUUUGUAUUGUGUACGUAACUAAAUGUAUGCUGCUUUUUUGGUUAGGGUUCACUUGAAAAAGAGAUGUCAAUCUCAAUGUGACUUCCCAGGUUAAGAAUAGGAAGUAUAAAAAUAAAAUAAUUGGGUGUUUUGAGUGCUCUGACUUUCUCUCUAUGCCUCUCUCUCGCUCUCUCUCCCCCUCUCUCCCCCUCCCCCUCCCACUACAGGACCUGGAGAUUGCGGCAGACUUCAGCAUUACCAGCGGGGUACCAUGCCUCCUGGAGGCCCUCAAGGAGAGAAACUAUGUCAAGGUACCUCAAAUGACACCUUUCGUUCCUUUCCACCCUCUGUGCUAUUCACUCUGUGUUCUACAGAGGGUCUGGGUCAAUUCCAUUUCAGGAAGUUUCUAUUCAGGAACUAAACUGAAAUUACAAUAUUCAUCAUUGCUUUUUCAAUGAAAUGGCCAUUUCAGUUUACUUCCUGAAUGUCCCUUCCACUUUGAAGGAUGACAAUGCUAACCUGUUUGUCUGCAGGUCCAGAUCCCAGGGCUGGAGGAGCUGGAGGUGUUUGUCCCCUGUUCCCUGAUGGACCAGCGGGCCCUCAUCCUGCAGCUUCUUAACGCUGCAGCUGGUAAGGACUGCAGUAAAGAGCCCGACGAGAUGAUGGCAGAGGACGAGGCCUACCUGCUGAUGAGCAAGCACGGCGCAGGGGACUCGCCUGGCGAGGCAGGCCAGGCUGCGGUGCAGUGGCAGUGGGACGGGGAGCUGGUCAAACUGGUACCUCAGAUGGAGACUGUGGACACGCUACGGGCCAUGAAGGUCGGUUGGUGGGAAUUCUGGGAACAGGAUUUAUUAAUCAAUGUGCAGUAUAGCCAUGACAAGGUGUGUGAUCUUGAGAAGAGUCCCAUCUCCCAUUCUGAAGUAGAUUAUUAAGCCUGGUUGCAAUGGGAACCUAUGUAUAACAUAGUAUGCAGCUGCUUUCCACAAACAAACAUUGUACCGACAGAUGUAAGAGAAGAGAGACUGCUGACUUGGCUGUUAGACUGGACUAUGACUCAUCCUCAAGGACUUGACUCUGACUCCUUUAGACUUGACUCUACACACUCAUCCUCAAGGACUUGAGACUUGACUCUGACUUGCCUAAAGUGAUGCAGCCGGCCCACCUGGUGGCCCAAAGGAAUUAAUACAUAAUUGAUUGUUUUCUUAAUAAAUUGAUCAGGUGGAGAACCUGCUCCUGAUAGUGAUGCAGUCGGCCCACCUGGUGUCCCAGCGUAAGACCUUCCAGCAGAGCAUGGACGAGCUGCUUACCCUCCACAGGGAACAAACUUCCAGCCAGCCCCUCAUCGCCCGCGCCCUGGAGCAUCUCAAGGUACCAUCCGCUGGAUUUAUUUACCUUGAUCAUAUACUGCUUUUAGUUUCCCUGUUGUAAAAAAAGAUCCACUAUUAAGCCCAAGUUUGAGCUGCAAUUGGGAAAGUUCACAAAUUACUUUGCCAAAUGUCAUGUUCAUACUGCAGUGAGAGCUGUGAAACCAAAAGUCAUGCCCAUAACUGUUGUCUCUUAUUCUUCCUCACAUUGGAGGCCCUGUUUUCAAAAGCUGUUAGCUUCCUCUGUCCUCGAUUAGACUUUUCCUGUGUGUUUGAAGCAGACCUCAUAAAGUGAUUUAUUUUUCCUUUUAGUUAGAGAGGGAGUCAGAGACACACAGACACUCUCAUUAUUUCUGUCUUUCUCUCUUUCCACCCACCUCUUCCCUCUUCUCCCCCCACAGAACGAAGCCUUACAACUGUGUAUAAAGAUCAACACAGCCAUUGACCGGGUGGAGUACAUGUUCACGUCAGAGUUUGAGGUGGAGGUGGAGGAGUCGGAGUCGGCCACGCUACAGCAGUACUACAGAGAAGCCAUGAUACAGGGAUACAACUUCGCCUUCGAGGUUAUAUUAUAAUAUAUAAUAAUAUGAAGGUUGGGUUGAUGAGGGUGGGUGUAUGAUAAGCAGUGUUGUAGUACAGUCUAGCUAAUAUCGCACCACUUUUAGCUGCUGCGCUACCAGUGUUGUAGUACUCGAGACCGGACUCGCCCACAUAUUGAGUGUCUCAGUCUUGUCUCGGUGUCGGAUACAUUUGUACUCGGUCUUGAUUCGGUCUCGGACAGUGAGGACUUGUAAUUUCUUCCCAAGACCAGCGGAGUAAAAAAAAACCUCAUUGUCAGCUUCCAUUCAGUCAGCGCAUAACCGCUUUGCCAGGCCAAAUAUUCUUGAAACAUUAAUACAGUAUCUUAACAGCCUUUAUAUCUAUUAUAGACAUGUUUGUGUAGUGGCGAACCUAUAGGCCUUCGGUGUGUGACAGGUUUGUGAUUCUAAAUAGACAGAAACCGUAAUACCAGCACACUCAUGUAGGAGAGUGCACUUUUUGUAAAACACAAAGGGCCAGUGGUGUAGUGAUGGCUAUAUGCAGGUAUCUGCCCUGUACCUACAUUUCUUUCAGUGGGCAUUGCUUAUACUCAAUUCUUAAUCCCUACUGAUGUGUAUCAAAGUAGUGGAGGUAUACAACUUAUCAAUUAUGUAGUACAAUAGAGAAAUCAUGCACAAAGUUGCCUACACAAUCGCAAAGCACGUGAAAUAUAUUCAUUUUUUUUCUUCUUUUUUUUAUCAGAAUUAUAAUUAUGAUAUUAAAAUAAUUAUUAUUUUAUAAACCCUUACCCCUUCUCUGAAGGCGGACAAGGCCCAUUGUUCCCCACUGUGUUUGGGUUAGUAAUCAUUUUUAGAGUGGCUCUAUUUCUCUCAGCAUGCAUUCUUUCACUAUUUUGAAUGUCUAAAGAAUCUGAAAUAUGAACACAGAAAUACUGGACAUUUUGAACUCUUAUUAUGGUGGUGAUUUGAAAAUUACAAUCAUGGUCUUGAAAUGGACUCACAUUUUUCUGGUCUCGAAUCCCUUAUCUCGAAUAUGAGUGUUAUAGUUGGAAACACUACCUCAGUACUCAGGGGUGGGCUAAUAAUGAGUUUUAUAGUUGGAAACACUACCUCAGUACUCAGGGGUGGGCUAAUAAUGAGUGUUAUAGUUGGAAACACUACCUCAGUACUCAGGGGUGGGCUAAUAAUGAGUGUUAUAGUUGGAAUACUACCUCAGUACUACAGAGAAGCCAUUUUACAGGGAUACAACUUUGGCUUCGGUGGUGGAGGGUAGCAGUGGGCUAACUGGCGAUAUUACUUAUAUUAGAGUCGGCAACCAGGGGCUGCUGGUGGCAACAUGAGGGUGGGUUACUUUAGGUCAGAGUCUUUAGAAUCUUCCUGAGUAUUUCCUCAAUACCCCUAGUGUGGAAUGUAAACUGUGUAUGGGAAUGAUUGUAAAGCUGUCUGUCUUUCCACACAGUGUUGCAACUAAUUAAAAUGUUCUGCUCAAUGCCUUGGAGGGUUGUGUUAGUACAGUGAUGAGCUGUAGAGAUGUGGAGCUGUGGAGCUGUAGAGAUGUGGAGCUGUAGAGAUGUGGAGCUGGAGAGAUGUGGAGCUGGAGAGAUGUGGAGCUGUAGAGUGAUGAGCUGUUAGAUGAAGGUAAUUGUCAACAGAUCUAUUUGGGUCUGGUUGGACAAUUGUUAUCUUUCUGAGGAAGGCUGACACGGAAACACUGCAUAGUUUUUAACAAUAUGUUCUAUUGAACAUGCCACAGAAAUAAAGACAUUUGGAUAAUAGCAAGAUUGGCUUGGUCCUCGUGUUUUUGUCUGACCAGUCUAACACCUAAACCAGUCUAACCCCUAAAUCAAUCAAAUCAAUCAAAUGUAUUUAUAAAGCCCUUUUUACAUCAGCAGAUGUCACAAGGUGCUGUACAGAAACCCAGCCUAAAACCCCAAACAGCAAGCAAUGCAGAUAUAGAAGCACGGUGGCUAGGGAAAACUCCCUAGAAAGGCAGGAACCUAGAAAGAAACCCAGAGAGGAACCAGGCUCUGAGGGGUGGCCAGUCCUCUUCUGGCUGUGCCGGGUGGAGAUUAUAAGAGUACAUGGCCAUUUAAGGCCAGAUUGUUCUUCCAAGAUGUUCAAACGUUCAUAGAUGACCAGAACGGUCAAAUAAUAAUCAGUGGUUGUACAGGUCAGUACCUCAGGAGUAAAUGUCAGUUGGCUUUUCAUAGCCGAGCAUUCAGAGGUCGAGACAGCAGGUGCGGUAGAGAGAGAGAGUCAAAAACAGCAGGUCCGAGAGCAAGGUAGCACGUCUGGUGAACAGGUCAGGGUUCCCUAGCCGCAGGCAGAACAGUUGAAACUGGAUCAGCAGCACGACCAGGUGGACUGGGGACAGCCAGGAGUCAUCAGGCCAGAUAGUCCAGAGGCAUGAUCCUAGGGCUCAGGUCCUCCAGGAGGGGAGGGAGAGAGAGAGUUUUAGAGGGAGCAUACUUAAAUUCACACAGGACACCAGAUAAGACAGGAGAAUUACACCAGAUAUAACAGACUGAACCUAGCCCCCCAGCACAUAGACUAUUGCAGCAUAGAUACUGGAGACUGAGACAGGGGUGGGUCAGGGGACACUGUGGCCCCGUCCGGGGCCAACCAGGCAGGAUAUAACCCCACCCACUUUGCCAAAGCACAGCCCCCACACCACUAGAGGGAUAUCAACAGACCACCAACCUACUACCCUGAGACAAGGCUGAGUAUAGCCCACGAAGAUCUCCUCCACCACAUGAGCCCGAGAGGGCGCAAAACCGGACAGGAAGAUCACGUCUGUGACUCAACCCACUCAAGUGACGCACCCCUCCUCGGGACAGAAUGGAAGAGCACUAGUAAGCCAGUGACUCAGCCCCCGUAAUAGGGUCAGAGGCAGAGAAUCCCAGUGGAGAGAGGGGAACCGGCCAGGCAGAGACAGCAAGGGCGGUUCGUCGCUCCAGUGCCUUGCGGUUCACCUUCGUACCCCUGGGCCAGACUACACACAAUCAUAGGACCUACUGAAGAGAUUAGUGUUCAGUAAAGACUUAAAGGUUGAGUCUGCGUCUCUCAAAUGGAUAGGCAGACCAUUCCCCCCAAAUUAAGCUCUAUAGGAGAAAGUCCUGCCUCUAGCUGUUUGCUUAGAAAUUCUAGGGACAAUGAGGCCUGCGUCUUGUGACCGUAGCAUACGUGUAGGUAUGUACAGCAGGACCAAAUCGGAGAGAUAGGUAGGAGCAAGCCCAUGUAAUGCUUUGUAGGUUAGCAGUAAAACCUUAAAUCAGCCCUAGCCUUAACAGGAAGUAGAGAGGCUAGCACUUGAGUAAUAUGGUCCAAUUAUUUGGUUCUAGUCAGGAUUCUAGCAGCCGUGUUUAGCACUAACUGAAGUUUAUUUUGUGCUUUAUCCGGGUAGCCGGAGAGUAGAGCAUUGCAGUAGUCUAAUCUAGAAGUGACAAAAGCAUGGGUUAGCUUUUCUGCAUCAUUUUUGGACAACAAGUUUCAGAUUUUUGCAUUGUUACGAAGAUGGAAAAAAGCUGUCCUUGAAAUAUUCUUGAUAUGUUCGUCAAAAGAGAUCAGGGUCCAGAGUAACGCAGAGGUCCUUCACAGUUUUAUUUGAGACGACUGUACAACCAUCAAUAUUAAUUGUCAGAUCCAACAGCAGAUCUUUGUUUCUUGGGUCCUAGAACUAGCAUCUCUGUUUUGUCCGAGUUUAAAAGUAAAACAUUUGCCGCCAUCCACUUCCUUAUGUCUGAAACACAGGCUUCCAGGGUAGGCAAUUUUGGGGCUUCACCAUGUUUCAUCGAAAUGUACAGCUGUCUGUCGUCCGCAUAGCUGUGAAAGUUGACAUUGUGUUUCCGAAUGACAUCACCAAGAGGUAGAAUAUAUAGUGAAAACAAUAGUGGUCCUAAAACGGAACCUUGAGGAUCACCGAAACGUACAAUUGAUGAACAGUUAUCUUUCCAAAAGAUAAUAUCUAAACCAGGCUUAGAUUAAGGUUUAUAUUAAGGUUUCCAAUCUCUCCAAAAUAAUGUGGUGAUCGAUGGUGUCAAAAGUAGCACUAAGGUCUAGGAGCACGAGGACAGAUGCAGAGCCUUGGUCUGACGCCAUUAAAAGGUCAUUUACCACCUUCACGAGUGCAGUCUCAGUGCUAUGAUGGGGUCUAAAACCAGACUGAAGCGUUUCGUAUACAAUAUUUUUUCUUCAGGAAGGCAGUGGGUUGCUGCGCAACAGCUUUUUCAAAAAUGUUUGAGAGGAAUGGGUGAUUUUUUUUGUUCGUUUUUUUGAUUUUCCAGGUCAAGGUUUGUGUUUUUCAAGAGAGGCUUUAUUACUGCCACUUUUAGUGAGUUUGGUACUCAUCCGGUGAAUAGAGAGCCAUUUAUUAUGUUCAGCAUAGGAGGGCCAAGCACAGGAAGUAGCUCUUUCAGUAGUUUAGUUGGAAUAGGGUCCAGUAUGCAGCUUGAAGGUUUAGAGGCAAUGACUAUUUUCAUGAAUGUGUCAAGAGAUACAGGAUUAAAAAACUUGAGUGUCUCCAUUGAUCCUAGGUUCUGGCAGACUCAGGACAACUGAGGUUUGGAGAAAUACGCAGAUUCAAAGAGGAGUCCGUAAUUUGCUUUUCAUCGAAGAAGUUCAUGAAUUUAUCACUGCAGUAUCAAAUAUUCAUUUUGGAUUGUUCUUAUUCUCCUCAAUUAGGUUGGAAAAAUAGGAAGAUCGAGCAGCAGUGAGGGCUCUUCUAUAUUGCUCUGUACUUUCUUUCCAAGCUAGUCGGAAGACUUCCAGUUUGGUGGAGUGCCAUUUCCGUUACAAUUUUCUGGAAGCUUGCUUCAGGGCUCGGGAAUUUUCUGUAUACCAGGGAGCAAAUUCAUUUUGACAAAUGUUUUUUGUUUUUAGGGGUGCGACUGCAUCUAAGGUAUUACGCAAGGUUAAAUUUAGAUCCUCAGUUAGGUGGUUAACAUAUUUUUCUACUCCGACGUUCUUGGGUAGGUGGAGGGAGUCUGGAAGGGCCUCUAGGAAUCUUUGGGUUGUCCGAGAAUUUAUAGCACAGCUUUUUGAUGGUCCUUGGUUGGGGUCUGAGCAGAUUAUAUGUUGCGAUUGUAAACGUAAUAAAAUGGUGGUCCGAUAGUCCAGGAUUAUGAGAAAAAACAUUUAGUUCCACAAUAUUUAUUCCACGGGACAAAACUAGAUCCAGGAUAUGACUGUGGCAAUGAGUAGGUUCGGAGACAUGUUGGACAAAACCCACUGAGUCGAUGGUGGCUCCGAAAACCUUUUGGAGUGGGUCUGUGGAAUUUUCCAUGUGAAUAUUAAAGUCAUCAAAAAUUAUAAUAUCUGCCAUGACUACUAGGUCCGAUAGGAAUUCCGGGAACUCAGUGAGGAACUCUGUAUAUGGCCCAGGAGGACUGUAAACAGUAGCUAUAAAAAGUGAUUCAGUAGGCUGCAUAGAUUUCAUGACUAGAAGCUCAAAAGACAACACAGUCAUUAAAAAAAAAAAAUUUGUGUGUGAAUUGAAAUUUGCUGUCAUAAAUGUUAGCAACAUCUCCGCCUUUGCGGGAUGCACGGGGGAUAUGGUCACUAGUGUAACAGGACGAGAGGCAUAAUUUAACACAGUCAAUUCAUCAGGCUUGAGCCAUGUUUCAGUCAGGCCAAUCACAGCAAGAUGAUGAUAAAUGAUUCGUUCAUUAACUAUGACUGCCUUGGAAGUGAGGGAUCUAACAUUAAGUAACCCUAUUUUGAGAUGUGAGAUAUCACAAUCUCUUUCAAUAAUGACAGGAAUGGAGGAGGUCUUUAUUCCAGUGAGAUUGCUAUGGCGAACACCGCCAUGUUUUGUUUUGCUCAAUCUAGAUCGAGGCACAGACACGGUCUCAAUGGGGAUAGCUGAGCUGACUACACUGACUGUGCUAGUGGCAGACUCCACUAAGCUGUCAGGCUGGCUAACAGCCUGUUGCCUGGCCUGCACCCUGUCUCAUUGUGGAGCUAGAGGAGUUAGAGCCCUGUCUAUGUUGGUAGAUAAGAUGAGAGCACCCCUCCAUCUAGGAUGGAGUCUGUCACUCCUCAGCAGGCCAGGACAGAAAGAGGGCCAAUUAUCUUCAAAUUCUAUAUUUUGGGAGGGGCAGAAACAGUUUUCAACCAGCGAAUGAGUUGUGAGACUCUGCUGUAGAGCUCAUCACUCCCCCUAACUGGGAGGGGGCCAGAGACAAUUACUCGAUGCUGGCACAUCUUUCUAGCUGAUUUACACGCUGAAGCUAUGUUGCUCUUGGUGACCUCUGACUGUUUCAUCCUAACAUUGUUGGUGCCGACGUGGAUAACAAUAUCCUUAUACUCGCUGCACUCGCCAGUUUUUGCCUUAGCCAGCACCAUCUUCAGAUUAGUGGUCCUCUGUAGCUCAGCUGGUAGAGCACGGCGCUUGUAACGCUAAGGUAGUGGGUUCGAUCCCCGGGACCACCCAUACACAAAAAAAUUAAAAUAAAUGUAUGCACACAUGACUGUAAGUCGCUUUGGAUAAAAGCGUCUGCUAAAUGGCAUAUUAUUAUUAGUCCGGGGUGAAAAAGUUGAAUGAAAAAAGUCGAGGGAGGAAAAAACUAAGACGUUGGUAAAUGUAUUAAAAGUAAAAACUGAAAAGUUUGGCAGAUAGCCGAGUAGCAACAAACAGCACGGAGACAAGUCCGGAAGUUGAGGGCGGAGCAAUGAGGGCGGAACACAACGGCCUGACAGCACAAUGUCAACGUUUUUGAUCCAGAGGUGUACAGCAGUAGAGAGCUUUGCACACCUGGAUUGUACAAUGGAUAGGAUCCCAGUCUAACCCCUAAACCAAUUCGGAUAUUUUGCCCAAUUAUUGGCCAAAGAGCUGAUCUGAGUGUGCCUGUUUUAAAUGCAGCCUUAAGUUCCUCACAGUAUCACCACAAAGAAGAGUGCUGUGAGUCUGUUUGAUGUAGGGGUUAAACUGUUCCAGUGAAGUCCUUUUUGUUCUCCAUAGUACCACAAGGAGGUGGUGCGUCUGAUGUCGGGGGAGUUCCGUCAGCGGAUCGGGGAGCGCUACAUCUCUUUCGCCAGGAAGUGGAUGAACUACGUCCUCACUAAAUGUGAAAGUGGCCGGGGUACCAGGCCCCGCUGGGCCACUCAAGGCUUUGAUUUCCUCCAAGCCAUCGAACCUGCCUUCAUCUCUGCUUUACCAGAGGACGACUUCCUGGUAAAAUACUACUUCAUUGACUGAUUGAUUAAUUGACUACGCUAUUGAUGAAUUGAUUGGGUAUUUUGCAGAAUGGUAUUGUGAUUAUGUAAAUCCUUCCCUCUGCAGAAUUUGCAAGCUCUGAUGAACGAGUGCAUUGGUCAUGUGAUCGGGAAGCCUCACAGCCCAGUCAGUGGCCUGUACAUAGGUAAGACCCCAUGCUCCCCUGCACAAAUAUGUGGACCUGUGUGGCUCAGUUGGUAAGAGCAUGGUGCUAGCAAUGCCAAGGUUGUGAGUUCAAUUCCAUCAGGGAUCACAUGUGCAUAAUGAACAUGUCACUUUGGAUAAAAUAAAAUACACUUCUGUUAGCCCAAAGUGGCAAACCACUAGUGUGUAGAAACAGAACUGAAGUAGGGGCUGGAGUCAAAUAUCUUGGCCUUGUUGAGGAUGGCCCUUUCUCUCUCCUACACUCAGCCUCCAGGAACAGUCCUCGACCGGUCAAGGUCCCUCGUUGCCAUAGUGACCCCCCCAACCCCCAGCUGUUCAUCCCCAAUGCAGAGGGCUUCAGGUAGGUCAAAGGUCAUGCUUACAAUGAGGCACUAAGAACCUUUUACAGCCUAUUAUAAAAAUGUGUUUUUUCCUGCAUGUUCUCAUAUUCCUCAUGUUCUCUGCUCUUGUGCAGUAACUAAUGGGUUUUAAAUUGGGUGGUUGAGCUUGUAUUAACGCUUUUCUAUCGCUGUAUGAGUUAACACGUUCUCAUUUGUAACUGGUGACCUCAUGUGUAACUGUUGACCUCUUUGAAAGGAUGUUACUGCUUGUGACACACCAGCUCAUCUCCAAGGCACUCUCCAGAGUUCCUCAGUGUGUUUUUGUCACCAGCUCUAGGAGUCUCCCUUGCGACCUACGGACCCAGCUGUGUCUACCUACGGGCCCCCGCACAGUCCCCGCCCCUCAGGGCCCCACCUCCGGGGAACACGGUCCAACCAAAGCACCCGGAUCCACCCCAAAUGACGUCAGGUAGCCCCACCCCCCAAGUUCCAGUUCCUACCAGGGUUGUACUGUCAACCCAGAGCACCCCAGCCACAGGCUGAUAUCCCAUAUCCCACCCCUCCCAUCUGAACUUGUCAACUAGAGGUUCAGGUUUUAUUUCUGUAUUUAUUUCCCCUUAUUUUACCAGGUGGUUUACCCUACCCCCCUACCAUACUGUCUCUCAGUUUGGAGUGGAACCAGAGAGUAGCAUGUUCUGCAUGCUUAUCCAGAUGAAAAAAAUAUUUAAAAAAAUGGUUGUCACAUACUCCAGAUAGGUGCAGUGAAAUCUGUUGUUUUACAGGUCAGCCAUGGUAGUACGGAGCAAAUUAGGGUUAAGUGCCUUGCUCAAGGGCAUAGACAGAUUUUUCAGCUUGUCAGCUCGGGUAUUCGAAGCAGCGAUCUUUCGGUUACUGGCCCAGCGCUCUAACCGCUAUGUAUUUUCUUUGACAGUUUUGUAUCUGUUGCCGCUAACAGAAAUGUGCAUUUGAAAACACCACUUUAUAACAAUAUGAAAACUACAGUUUUAUAAGGGCUGUCUUUUAAAGGAAUAGUUCAGGUGUUACCCUGAAUGCUGUCAACGGAUAUGGAGAGACCUUAAUCCACGCUUUCAUUUUGUCCACCUAGCCAAUGUCCCACAACACACAUUUUCUCCAACACGUGGUUGUCAAUGGCGUGAGAGAUGGAAACACAACAACCUCAUCAGGAAGAGUGAAAUGCCAGAAUGCCAGAGUUACUCUGCUAUUAAUCCAUAUUAGUAGUGUGGCCUUGCUUUUAUUCUAAUCAUCUGAUGGAGCUUUCUUCUUGAUCGUUGGCUUGUUUGGUUUCUGGCCUUUGGAAAUGAAAGCAUGCGCUCUAGCUGAGCUGUUUAACUUCUGAACUUUGGUGGGAUGGGUAUAGAAAUGGAUUCUAGAUUCUUUCUUUUCAUUCUAUUUCUAAGGGUGUGGUGUAGGGAUUGAGAGGUAUAGAGUUAUUAUGUCACGUAUUUGUCAGGUUCCGCCAUCUCAAUAAUCACAAACCUCUGAAAGCUAGAGAGGAGUCUCUCUUUAUUAAGAAGACUAAGAUUUUCUUGACUGAUAUUGGUUGACCACAGGGCCCAGAUCUGUUUGUGCUGUCUCCUACGGUCAUUGUCAUGGCAUCACAAUAGCCAUAGGAGUUGGCAUUCUGAUAUCAUUUGUUGUUUUUUGUUGAUUUACAAACGAAAACGCAUAUCUAAGUUUAGCUUUUUUUAAUGAACCAGAAAAUCAACUGUUAUUUCUGGUUAUUUAUCAGUUAGCUGGCUAACUAAUUGAUCCUGCUUUUUAGUAUAUCCAUCUGGUGUCUGACAACUUGGGUAGAUUGUAGUUGAUUGUACGGUACCUGCCUCUCCCUGUGCAGAGGGACCAACCUCCAGGAGAACGACAAGCUGUGGUCUGUAGCGGCCGAGCUGCAGUUCAGGUCUCUGAGCCGACACUCCAGUCCCACUGAGAACAGGGAAGGUAUUAGACACUUCUAAUUGUUUGCAUUAUCCUGUUGAGUUGUUUAAGAUAUUGUCUUAAUGUAACUGUGCAUUCUGCAUAAUUCAGUCUUUUCGACUGUGAACAAGAAUGAAAUAAAAUGGAUCUCUAUCAGAAAGUAGGAGUAGUCACUUGACCUGUGUGUGUUUUUCUACCUUGACAUAGCUCCCAUCUUACUGCCUGUCUGUGUUCUCUCUCUCUCUCUCUCUCUCUCAUCAGAACCCUCCUAUCCUAAGGGAGGAGACCCCAGCAGCACAGCCAGGAGAAGCUGGGAGCUCCGCACCUUCAUCAGCCAAUCAAAAGGUGAGAAUGAGGGGGUAGAUGGGGGUUGAAAUCCUAGGUCUUAGGUGCAAUCUCUUGUUGUGCCCAUGAGCAAGGCACUUAACCUCUAAACUGCUCCAGAGUAGUGUGUAGAGUCAGUCUGUUGUAUGCCUUUCCAUUCCUCACCUUUACCGUUAGACAACUGAGAAAGUAUCCGGGUCUGUUUUCCAUUCCUCACCUUUACCGUUAGACAACUGAGCAAGUAUCCGGGUCUGUUUUCCAUUCCUCACCUUUACCGUUAGACGGGUCUGUUUUCCAUUCCUCACCUUUACCGUUAGACAACUGAGAAAGUAUCCGGGUCUGUUUUCCAUUCCUCACCUUUACCGUUAGACAACUGAGAAAGUAUCCGGGUCUGUUUUCCAUUCCUCAACUUUACCGUUAGACAACUGAGAAAGUAUCCGGGUCUGUUUUCCAUUCCUCACCUUUACAGUUAGACAACUGAGAAAGUAUCCGGGUCUGUUUUCCAUUCCUCUCCAUUCCUGACAGUCUGUCUUCUAUACCUCUUUGUCCUCAGACACGGCAGCCAGACAGAGCCCCAUGGAAGCUGUACGUCGCUCCAUAAAGUCCUUCGAGGACAAACGCUACGCAGUCAUGAAGCAAAGGAACAUAAUUGGCCAGGCGUGCCACACCCCCAAAUCCUACGACAACGUCAUGCACGUCGGCCUCCGCAAGGUCACCUUCAAGUGGCAGAGGGGCAACAAGAUAGGUAUGCACUGUACACCCUAUUCCCUUUAUAGUGCACUACUGUUGGUCAGAGCCUCAACUGAACUUGUGUUCCCCCAAAUGGUACCCAUCCUCUAUGAGGAUACGCUUUGAGGCCAUGGCCAACAGUUGUGCACAGUAAAGGGAAUAUUAUAUAAUGGCGCCGGAGGGGAUGGCUGCCGUUUUACAGGCUCCUAACCACCUGUGCUAUUUUGUUUGUAUCUUAUUUUGUACUUAAAGUUGCUGCUACCGUCUCUUAUGACCAAAAAUAGCUUCUGGACAGCAAUUACUCACCUUGAACUGGACUAAGAAUUUUUCUUUAAUUAGUCCGACGCAAAGGAUAUACUGCUUUCCAGAGACCAGGCACAAAUCCCCAUCAUUCCAGUGAAGAAAAGGCGGAGUUACAGAGGGAGAUGGUCAGGGUGCCUUGUGAGGAUUCGGAGGUGAUUGAGUAAAUCGCCACUACCAUCGGUUCUAUUGGCCAACGUGCAAUCACUGGAAAACAAACUCUAUGCUCUACAGUCGAGACUAUCCUACCAAAGGGACAUUAAAAACUGUAAUAUCUUAUGUUCCACCGAGUUGUGGCUGAACGACGACACGGAUAAUAUAGAGCUGGCUGGGUUUUCCGUGCGUCGGCAGGACAAAACCGCUACGUCUGGUAAGACGAGGGGCGGGGGUGUGUGUCUAUUUGUCAAUAACAGCUGGUGCGCGAUGUCUAAUAUUAAGGAAGUCUCGAGGUAUUGCUCUCCUGAGGUAGAGUAUCUCAUGAUAAGCUGUAGACCACACUAUCUACCAAGAGAGUUUUCAUCUAUAUUAUUCGUAGCUGUCUAUUUAUCACCACAAACUGAUGCUGGCACUAAGAUCGCACUCAACGAGCUGUACAAGGCCAUAAGCAAACAGGAAAAUGCUCAUCCAGAAGCAGCGCUCCUAGUGGCUGGGGACUUUAAUGCAGGCAAACUUACAUCUGUUUGACCUCAUUUCUACCAGCAUGUCACAUGUGCAACCAGAGGAGAAAAAAACUCUAGACCACCUUUACUCCACACACAGAGACGUAAUCUGACCAUAAUUAUAUUCUCCUGAUUCCUGCUUACAAGAAAAACUAAAGCAGGAAGUACCAGUGACUCGCUCAAUACGGAAGUGGUCAGAUGACGCGGAUGCUACGCUACAGGACUGUUUUUCUAGCACAGACUGGAAAUGUUCCGUGAUUCAUCCAAUGGCAUUGAGGAGUAUACCACCUCAGUCACCGGCUUCAUCAAUAAGUGCAUCGAUGACGUCAUCCCCACAGUGACCGUACGUACAUAUCCCAACCAGAAGCCAUGGAUUACAGGCAACAUCCGCACUGAGCUAAAGGCUAGCGCUGCCACUUUCAAGGAGCGGGACACUAAUCCGGACGCUUACAAGAAAUCCCGCUAUGCCUACAAAGGGAAAUCUAGCCGCGAGCUGUCCAGUGACGGGAGCCUACCAGACGAGCUAAAUGCCUUUUUAUGUUCGCUUCGAGGCUAGCAACACUGAAGUAUGCAUGAGAGCACCAGCUGUUCCGGACGACUGUGUGAUCCCGGACGACUGUGUGAUCACGCUCUCCGUAGCCGAUGUGAGCAAGACCUUUUAAACAGGUCAACAUUCACAAGGCCACGGGGCCAGACGGAUUACCAGGGCGUGUACUCAGAGCAUGCGCGGACCAACUGGCAAGUGUCUUCACUGACAUUUUUCAACCUCUCCCUGACCGAGUCUGUAAUACCUACAGUCAUGGUCAAAAGUUUUGAGAAUUACACAAAUACUAAUUUUCACAGUCUGCUGCCUCAGUUUUGAUGAUGGCAAUUUGCAUAUACUCCAGAAUGUCAUGAGUGAUCAGAUGAAUUGAAAUUAAUUGCAAAGUCCCUCUUUACCAUUAAAAUGAACUUAAUCCCAAAAAAACAUUUCCACUGCAUUUCAGCCCUGCCACAAAAGGACCAGCUGCCAUCAUGUCAGUGAUUCUCUCGUUAACACAGGUGAGAGUGUUGACGAGGACAAGGCUGGAGAUCACUCUGUCAUGCUGAUUGAGUUAGAAUAACAGACUGGAAGCUUUAAAAGGAGGGUGGUGCUUGAAAUCAUUGUUCUUCCUCUGUUAACCAUGGUUACCUGCAAGGAAACACGUGCCGUCAUCAUUGCUUUGCACAAAAAGGGCUUCACAGGCAAGGAUAUUGCUGCUAAUAAGAUUGCACCUAAAUCAACCAUUUAUCGGAUCAUCAAGAACUUCAAGGAGAGAGGUUAAAUUGUUGUGAAGAAGGCGUCAGGGCGCCCAAGAAAGUCCAGCAAGCACCAGGACCGUAUCCUAAAGUUUAUUCAGCUGCGGGAUCGGGGCACCACCAGAGUGCUUCUGCACGCACAGUGAGGUGAAGACUUUUGGAGGAUGGCCUGUUGUCAAGAAGGGCAGCAAAGAAGCCAUUUCUCUCCAGGAAAAACAUCAAGGACAGACUGAUAUUCUGCAAAAGGUACAGGGAUUGGACUGCUGAGGACUGGGGUAAAGUCUGAUGAAUCCCCUUUCCGAUUGUUUGGGGCAUCCGGAAAACACCUUGUCCGGAGAAGACAAGGUGAGCGCUACCAUCAGUCCUGUGUCAUGCCAACAGUAAAGCAUCCUGAGACCAUUCAUGUCUGGGGUUGCUUCUCAGCCAAGGGAGUGGGCUCACUCACACUUUUGCCUAAGAACACAGCCAUGAAUAAAGAAUGGUACCAACACAUCCUCCGAGAGCAACUUCUCCCAACCAUCCAAGAACAGUUUGGUGACGACCAAUGCCUUUUCCAGCAUGAUGGAAAUUUGGUCCGGCAGUUGGGGAACCAACUGGUUGUCUGGGUGGUUGGUCCUUAUACCCUUGGGAAAUUUGAGACAAAAUAUCUAUAGGAAAGUAUUAUUAAUCAGACUUUUCAAAACUUUGGUAGUGCGUUCAUAUUCCUGCCUCCUGAAGCAUGCACACACGAUGUAAAUACAUGCAGGCGAUGCAUAGUAGCCCAGCUCGUGCAUGUUUACAUGGUUUUGUGCAUGCUUCAGGUGAUACCGGUUGUUUAUCGGGCAAGGGUGACCUGUACUGACAACUGGAAGUUAUCUCAUUGAUGCUUAUCCGUCCUUGAGACUUGGCUAUUUUAUGUUGUUCAGGACAGGAUAUUCGAUGUUUGUACGAGAUUGGAUCUGUCUGAGGUGGCAGGUAGCCUAGUGGUUAAGAGCGUUGGGCCAGUAACCAAAAGGUCACUGGUUCAAAUCCCCGAGCCAACUAGGUGUAAAAUCUGUUUGUGCUUAAUCCUAAUUGCUCUUACAUUUACAUUUUACAUUUUAGUCAUUUAGCAGACGCUCUUAUCCAGAGCGACUUACAGGAGCAAUUAGGGUUAAGUGCCUUGCUCAAGGGCACAUUUACGUCAUUUAGCAGACGCUCUUAUCCAGAGCGACUCACAAAUUGGUGCAUUUACCCUAUAGCCAGUGGGAUAACCACUUUACAAUUUUUGGGGGGGGUAGAAGGAUUACUUUAUCCUAUCCCAGGUAUUCUUUAAAGAGGUGGGGUUUCAAAUGUCUCCGGAAGGUGGUGAGCGACUCCGCUGUCCUGGCGUCGUGAGGGAGCUUGUUCCACCAUUGGGGUGCCAGAGCAGCGAACAGUUUUGACUGGGCUGAGCGGGAACUAUGCUUCCGCAGAGGAAGGGGAGCCAGCAGGCCAGAGGUGGAUGAACGCAAUGCCCUCGUUUGGGUGUAGGGACUGAUCAGAGCCCGAAGGUACGGAGGUGCCGUUCCCCUCACUGCUCCAUAGGCAAGCACCAUGGUCUUGUAACGGAUGCGAGCUUCAACUGGAAGCCAGUGGAGUGUGCGGAGGAGGGGGGGUGACGUGAGAGAACUUGGGAAGGUUGAACACCAGACGGGCUGCGGCAUUCUGGAUGAGUUGUAGGGGUUUAAUGGCACAGGCAGGGAGGCCAGCCAACAGCGAGUUGCAGUAAUCCAGACGGGAGAUGACAAGUGCCUGGAUUAGGACCUGUGCCGCUUCCUGUGUAAGGCAGGGUCGUACUCUCCGAAUGUUGUAGAGCAUGAACCUGCAGGAUCGGGUCACCGCCUUGAUGUUAGCGGAGAACGACAGGGUGUUGUCCAGGGUCACGCCAAGGCUCUUCGCACUCUGGGAGGAGGACACAACGGAGUUGUCAACCGUGAUGGCGAGAUCAUGGAACGGGCAGUCCUUCCCCGGGAGGAAGAGCAGCUCCGUCUUGCCAGGGUUCAGCUUGAGGUGGUGAUCCGUCAUCCAUACUGAUAUGUCUGCCAGACAUGCAGAGAUGCGAUUCGCCACCUGGUUAUUAGAAGGGGGAAAGGAGAAGAUUAGUUGUGUAUCGUCAGCGUAGCAAUGAUAGGAGAGGCCAUGUGAGGAUAUGACAGAGCCAAGUGACUUGGUGUAUAGGGAGAAUAGGAGAGGGCCUAGAACUGAGCCCUGGGGGACACCAGUGGUGAGAGCACGUGGUGCGGAGACAGCUUCUCGCCACGCCACUUGGUAGGAGCGACCGGUCAGGUAGGACGCAAUCCAGGAGUGAGCCGCGCCGGAGAUGCCCAGCUCGGAGAGGGUGGAGAGGAGGAUCUGAUGGUUCACAGUAUCAAAGGCAGCAGACAGGUCUAGAAGGACAAGAGCAGAGGAGAGAGAGUUAGCUUUAGCAGUGCGGAGAGCCUCCGUGACACAGAAGAGCAGUCUCAGUUGAAUGACCAGUCCUGAAACCUGACUGGUUUGGAUCAAGAAGGUCAUUCUGAGAGAGAUAGCAAGAGAGUUGGCUAAAGACGGCACGCUCAAUAGUUUUGGAAAGAAAAGAAAGAAGGGAUACUGGUCUGUAGUUGUUGACAUCAGUGGGAUCGAGUGUUGGUUUUUUGAGAAGGGGUGCAACUCUCGCUCUCUUGAAGACGAAAGGGACAUGGCCAGCGGUCAAGGAUGAGUUGAUCAGCGAGGUGAGGUAGGGGAGAAGGUCACCGGAGAUGGUCUGGAGAAGAGAGGAGGGGAUGGGGUCAAGCGGGCAGGUUGUUGGGCGGCCUGCAGUCACAAGUCGCAGGAUUUUAUCUGGAGAGAGAGGGGAGAAAGAAGUCAGAGCAUAGGGUAGGGCAGUGUGAGUAGGACCAGCAGUGUCAUUAGACUUAACAAACGAGGAUCGGAUGUCGUCAACCUUCUUUUCAAAGUGGUUGACGAAGUCAUCCACACAGAGAGAGAGGGGGGGGGGGGGGGGGGGGGGGAGGAUUCAGCAGGGAGGGAAAUGUGGCAAAGCGCUUCCUAGGGUUAGAGGCAGAUGCUUGGAAUUUAGAGUGGUAGAAAGUGGCCUUAGCAGCAGAAACAGAUGAAGAAAAUGUAGAGAGGAGGGAGUGAAAAGAUGCCAGGUCGGCAGGGAGUUUAGUUUUCUUCCAUUUCCGCUCCGCUGCCCGGAGCUCUGUUCUGUGAGCUCGCAAUGAGUCAUCAAGCCACGGAGCUGGAGGGGAGGACCGAGCCGGCCGGGAGGAUAGGGGACACAGAGAGUCAAAGGAUGCAGAAAGGGAGGAGAGGAGGGUUGAGGAGGCAGAAUCAGGAGAUUGGAGGGAGAAGGAUUGAGCAGAGGGAAGAGAUGAUAGGAUGGAAGAGGAGAGAGUAGUGGGAGAGAGAGAGCGAAGGUUGCGGCGGCGCAUUACCAUCUGUGUAGGGGCAGAGUGAGUAGUGUUGGAGGAGAGCGAGAGAGAAAAGGAAACAAAGUAGUGGUCGGAGACAUGGAGGGGAGUUGCAGUGAGAUUAGUAGAAGAGCAGCAUCUAGUAAAGAUGAGGUCAAGCGUAUUGCCUGCCUUGUGAGUAGGGGGGGACGGUGAGAGGGUGAGGUCAAAAGAGGAGAGGAGUGGAAAGGAGGCGGCAGAGAGAAAUGAGUCAAAUGUGGACGUAGGGAGGUUGAAAUCCCCCAAAACUGUGAGGGGUGAGCCAUCCUCAGGAAAGGAACUUAUCAAGGCGUCAAGCUCAUUGAUGAACUCUCCAAGGGAACCUGGAGGGCGAUAGAUGACAAGGAUAUUAAGCUUAAAUGGGCUAGUGACUGUGACAGCAUGGAAUUCAAAUGAGGAGAUAGACAGAUGGGUUAGGGGAAAAAUUGAGAAUGUCCACUUGGGAGAGAUGAGGAUUCCUGUGCCACCACCCCUCUGACCAGAUGCUCUCGGGGUAUGCGAGAACACAUGGUCAGACGAGGAGAGAGCAGUAGGAGUAGCAGUGUUUUCAGUGGUAAUCCAUGUUUCCGUCAGCGCCAGGAAGUCGAGGGACUGGAGGUUAGCAUAGGCUGGGAUGAAGUCAGCUUUGUUGGCAGCAGAACGGCAGUUCCAGAGGCUGCCUGAGACCUGGAACUCCAGGUGUGGGGUGCGUGCAGGGACCACCAGGUUAGAGAGGCAGCAGCCACGCGGUGUGAGGCGUUUGUGUAGCCUGUGCAGAGAGGAGAGAACAGGGAUAGGCAGAGGCAUAGUUGACAGGCUGUAGCAAAUUGCUACAAUAAUGCAGAGGAGAUCGGAAUGAAAUGAACUAAACAUCUGGGAGAGGAGAGAGCAGGGCCUCCCUCACCAAAACUUCCACCUCAGAAACUAUAAUUGUUUCACUGAACCACCCGAACAAAAACUCUCCCAACUUCCACCUUCAGAAUUGUUGUGAACCACAGCGGUUCAAUGUUUCAAGGAAUAGACUCAACCCACUUUAUUCAGCUAGCUAACUAUGACACCAUAGCUAACUAGCAUGCUAGCAUCCAAUAACACACAGUUUAGCACCAACACUUGGUCACAACAAACCACCAAUAGUGUGUUAACACACUAAACAGAUAAUUCGUGUCCGUGUCUAGUUCCUUUCAUAACGCAGCAAUAAUUAAACGUUGGCUAGCUAGCACAAAUAUGUCAAUAAUCCCAUUGAGAACUUGUGGUCGAUCCUCAAGAGGCGGGUGGACAAACAAAAACCCACAAAUUCUGACACACUCCAAGCAUUGAUUAUGCAAGAAUGGGCUGCCAUCAGUCAGGAUGUGGCCCAGAAGUUAAUUGACAGCAUGCCAGGGCGGAUUGCAGAGGUCUUGAAAAAGAAGGGUCAACACUUUGACAGGCUGGUCAAAGUGCUUUGACAGGCUGGUCAUACCUCACAUCAACACCAUCAUCCCGGAAACACUACACCCACUCCAAUUCGCGUACCGCCCCAACAGAUCCACAGAUGACGCAAUCUCAAUCGCACUCCACACUGCCCUUUCCCAUCUUGACAAAAGGAACACCUACAGUGGCUUGCAAAAGUAUUCACCCCCCUUGGCAUUUUUCCUAUUUUGUUGCCUUACAACCUGGAAUUAAAAUAGAUUUUUUGGGGGGUUUGUAUUAUUUGAUUUACACAACAUGCCUACCACUUUAAAGAUGCAAAAUAUUUUUUGUGUGUGAAACAAACAAGAAAUAAGACAAAACAGAACUUGAGCGUGCAUAACUAUUCACCCCCCCCAAAGUCAAUAUUUUGUAGAGCCACCUUUUGCAGCAAUUACAGAUGCAAGUCUCUUGGGGUAUGUCUCUAUAAGCUUGGCACAUCUAGCCACUAGGAUUUUUGCCUAUUCUUCAAGGCAAAACUGCUCCAAUCUUUAAGUCAUACCACAGAUUCUCAAUUGGAUUGAGGUCUUGGCUUUGACUAGGCCAUUCCAAGACAUUUAAAUGUUUCCCCUUAAACCACUCGAGUGUUGCUUUAGCAGUAUGCUUAGGGUCAUUGUCCUGUUGGAAGGUGAACCUCCGUCCCAGUCUUAAAUCUAUGGAAGACUGAAACAGGUUUCCCUCAAGAAUUUCCCUAUAUUUUGCGCCAUCCAUCAUUCCUUCAAUUCUGACCAGUUUCCCAGUCCCUGCCGAUGGAAAAACAUCCCCACAGCAUGAUGCUGCCACCACCAUGCUUCACUGUGGGGAUGGUGUUCUCAGGGUGAUGAGAGGUGUUGGGUUUGCGCCAGAUGUAGCAUUUUCCUUGAUGGCCAAAAAGCUCAAUUUUAGUCUCAUCUGAGUCUCCCAGAUGCCUUUUGGCGAACACCAAACAUGUUUGCUUCUUUUUUUCUUUAAGCAAUGGCUUUUUUCUGGCCACUCUUCCGUAAAGCCGAGCUCUGUGGAGUGUGAUGCUUAAAGUGGUCCUAAUGGACAGAUACUCCAAUCUCCGCUGUGGAGCUUUGCAGCUCCUUCAGGGUUAUGUUUGGUCUCUUUGUUGCUUCUCUGAUUAAUGCCCUCCUUGCUUGGUCCGUGAGUUUUGGUGGGCGGCCCUCUCUUGGCAGGUUUGUUGUGGUGCCAUAUUCUUUCAAAUUGUUUAUAAUGGAUUUAAUGGUGCUCCGUGGGAUGUUCAAAGUUUCAGAUAUUUUUUUAUAACCCAACCCUGAUCUGUACUUCUCCACAACUUUGUCCCUGUCCUGUUUGGAAAGCUCCUUGGUCUUCAUGGUGCCGCUUGCUUGAUGCUGCCCCUUGCUUAGUGGUGUUGCAGACUCUGGGGCCUUUCAGAACAGGUGUAUAUAUACUGAGAUCAUGUGACAGAUCAUGUGACACUUAGAUUGCACACAGGUGGACUUUAUUUAACUAAUUAUUAGUGACUUCUGAAGGUAAUUGGUUACACCAGAUCUUAUUUAGGGGGUUCAUAGCAAAGGGGGUGAAUACAUAUGCACACACCACCUUUCGGUUAUUUUUAUUUAUUUUUUAAAAGUUUUUCACUUCACAAAUGUGGACUAUUUUGUGUAUGUCCAUUACAUGAAAUCCAAAUAAAAAUCAAUUUAAAUUACAGGUUAUAAUGCUACAAAAUAGGAAAAACGCCAAGGGGGAUGAAUACUUUUGCAAGGCACUGUAUGUGAGAAUGCUGUUCAUUGACUACAGCUCAGCGUUCAACACCAUAGUGCCCAAAAAGCUCAUCACUAAGCUAAGGACCCUGGGACUUAACACCUCCCUCUGCAACUGGAUCCUGGACUUCCUGACGGGCCUCCCCCAGGUGGUAAGGGUAGGUAACAACACAUCUGCCACACUGAUCCACAACACCGGGGCCCCUCAGGGGUGUGCGCUUAGUCCCCUCCUGUACUCCCUGUUCACCCACGACUGCGUGGCCAAGCACAACUCCAACACCAUCAUUACGUUUGCUGACGACACAACAGUGGUAGGCCUGAUCACCGACAACAAUGCGACAGCCAAUAGGGAGGAGGUCAGAGACCUCUCAGUGUGGUGCCAUCACAACAACCUCUCCCUCAAUGUGAGCAAGACAAAGGAGAUGAUCGUGGACUACAGGAAAAGGAGGGCCGAACAGGCCCCCAUUAACAUCGACGGGGCUGUAGUGGAGCGAGUCGAGAGUUUCAAGUUCCUUGUUGUCCACAUCACCAAUAAACUAUCAUGGUCCAAACACACCAAGACAGUCGUGAAGAGGGCACGACAACAGCUUUUCCCCCUCAGGAGACAUUUGGCAUGGGUCUCCAGAUCCUCAAAAAGUUCUACAGCUGCACCAUUGAGAGCAUCCUGACCGGUUGCAUCACUGCCUGGUAUGGCAACUGCUCGGCAUCCAACCAUAAGGCGCUACAGAGGGUAGUGCGUACAGCCCAAUACAUCACUGGGGCCAAGCUUCCUGCCAUCCAGAACUUAUAUACUAGGCGGUGUCAGAGGAAGACCCAAAAAAUGGUCAGACUCCAGUCACCCAAGUCAUAGACUGUUCUCUCUGCUACCUCACGGCAAGCGGUACCGGAGCGCCAAGUCUGGGUCCACAAGGCUCCUUGACAGCUUCUAUCUCCAAGCUAUAAGAUUGCUGAACAAUUAAUGAAAUGGCCACCCGGACUAUUUACAUUGACACCUUUGUUUUUACACUGCUGCUCUACUCUCUGUUUAUUAUCUAUGCAUAGUCACUUUACCCCUACCUACAUGUACAAAUUACCUCGACUAACCUGUACCCCCGCACAUUGACUCGGUACCCCCUGUAUAUAGCCUCGUUAUUUAUUUAUUUUACUUUAUUUUAUUUAGUAAAUAUUUUCUUAACUCUGUUUCUUGAACUGUAUUGUUGGUUAAGGGCUUGUAAGUAAGCAUUUCACGGUAAGCAUUUCACCUGUUGCAUUCAGCGCAUGUGACAAUUUUAUUUUUAUUUGAAUAGGUUAUCAUUUUAGAUUUUCCCCUAGUAUUGUUGUCUCAUUUGUCCAUGGUGUUUGAUCUGUUGUCUCCCUCUACAGGCGAGGGACAAUAUGGCAAGGUGUACACCUGCAUCAACGUGGACACGGGAGAACUCAUGGCUAUGAAAGAGGUAGGUAGCCAUGGCUUGACCAGGCUUUAUGAAGGAGGUAGGUAGCCAUGGCUUGACCAGGCUUUAUGAAGGAGGUAGGUAGCCAUGGCUUGACCAGGCUUUAUGAAGGAGGUAGGUAGCCAUGGCUUGACCAGGCUUUAUGAAGGAGGUAGGUAGCCAUGGCUUGACCAGGCUUUAUGAAGGAGGUAGGUAGCCAUGGCUUGACCAGGCUUUAUGAAGGAGGUAGGUAGCCAUGGCUUGACCAGGCUUUAUGAAGGAGGUAGGUAGCCAUGGCUUGACCAGGCUUUAUGAAGGAGGUAGGUAGCCAUGGCUUGACCAGGCUUUAUGAAGGAGGUAGGUAGCCAUGGCUUGACAGGCUUUUGUAGCCAAAGUGUUGUAAAUGUUGCUACAACAAUAUAGCACGGGAGCAGAAUGUUGGCUUUCCUUUUAUUAUGGAAGGAGAAGGCCCUGAAUUGAAAAAGGUGUUUAUGUUCAGUUUACUUCACUGCCAGUUAACGUCCAUUCCUAUCAACAGUUCCCCUACUAUUUUCCCAAAAUAAAUAUUGAUUUUCCAAAUCAGAUCCGGUUCCAGCCGAACGACCAUAAAACAAUAAAGGAGACGGCAGAUGAGCUGAAGAUCUUUGAGGGCAUCAAACACCCCAACCUGGUCCGCUACUUUGGUGUUGAGCUGCAUCGGGUAAGAGCAUGCAUGCAUGGGUUCCAAUGUUCUAGAAACUUUCCCUGGCGUUUCAGAAAUUCUAGUUGGGAGGUUCCCGUAAUCAAGAGGGAAUCCUCCAACUGGAAUUUCUGAAAAGCCAGGUAACUUUGGGAAAGUUUCAAAGUUAAUGUCAAACUCAAUUAAAGUCUGUGUAUGAAUGAGAUGAUACUAUGAAUGAAUGGACUAUAACAUCGGAUAGGAUGUAUGCAUUAACUGUUUACAUACCAAAUACAUAGUAUUUGUCUGUGUCCCUCCCUCUCUCUCCUCCCACCAGGAGGAGAUGUACAUCUUCAUGGAGUACUGUGAUGAGGGGACCCUGGAGGAGGUGUCCAGGCUGGGCCUACAGGAGCACGUCAUCAGGCUGUACAGCAAACAGAUCACCACGGCCAUCAACGUGCUCCACGAACACGGCAUCGUGCACCGGGACAUCAAGGGUCAGUUAGCAGUCAGCACCUCUCUUGGAGAGACGUCUCUUUCUUCACUGUUGGUCUCUUUGAUGUCUGUCAAGUCAAUGUCAGGGUUAUGCCGGCACCUUUAUAUGAAUCAGUUAAUCGGUUAUUGCAUUUUAGCUAUAGUGACAUUGGCUGGGGGUUUAUUCCAUAAAGAAAAGCUAUCAUAAUUCUGAGAUUUAGUUAUCAAACCUUCCUGUGGCUCCAGUAUCAUUGACACAGCAGGAGUCAUUGUUCUUAUGUCUCUAUGAGCCCACUGUCUCCCCCUCACUGCUCCUGCCUCUUCAUCCUUUCACUCUCACUGUUCCUCCUCUCUCUACCAUAGGAGCCAACAUCUUCCUGACGUCGUCAGGCCUGAUCAAGCUGGGGGACUUUGGCUGUUCUGUGAAGUUGAACAACGCCCAGACCAUGCCCGGAGAGGUUAACAGCACCAUGGGAACGGCAGGUGAGUGAGACACAUUAAUCCUUAUGUUAUACAAUGCCUUCAGAAAGUAUUCAUACACCUUGACUUAUUCCACAUUUUGUUGUUAGGGCCUGAAUUAAGCUCCCGAGUUGCGCAGCGGUCUAAGGAACUGCAUCGCAGUGCUAGAGGUAUUACUACAGAUCCGGGUUCGAUCCCGGGCUGUAUCACAACCGGCCGUGAUCGGGAGUCCCAUAGGGCGGCGCACAAUUGGCCCAGCGUUGUCCAGGUUAGGGGAGGGUUUGGCCGGGGGGGUUUUACAAGUAGACCGUCAUUGUAAAAAACUGAUUUGCCUAGUUAAAUUAUUUUGUAAAAAGCCCCCACCAGGGGUCACCAUUUCUCUAUAUGUGAGUUUACAAAAGCCUGGGUAAUUAGUUAUCAUAGUGAAACUGUGGCCAUCGGUGUGCUCCGUUGGCAUUGUUAUGCUGUAUCUCUGUUUAAUCUCUGUUUAAAUGUAUGUAUAUUGUAAUGUAUUUUGUCUGUAAUGUGUAGCUCAGUUGGUAGAGCAUGGCGGUUGCAACGCCAGGGUUGUGGGUUCGAUUCCCACGGGGGACUAGUAUGAAAAUGUAUGCACUCACUACUUUAAGUCGCUCUGGAUAAGAGUGUCUGCUAAAUGACUAAAAUGUUAUGUGUUGGACCCUUUGGUGUCGGCUGAUGGGGACCCUAAUGAAUCCAACAAAUCUAAUGAAAAUCUCCCUGCUGUCAGAAUUCAUACACUUAUCAAGAUCUAAGAAUAGAGAUAUCUCAUGUUUCAGGUCAUUGCUCAUUCAGUUGAGUUAACCUGCUCUUUCCCUACUCUCUUCAUCAGCAUAUAUGGCACCCGAGGUCAUUACGAGGGCAAAGGGCGAAGGUCACGGGCGAGCAGCUGACAUCUGGAGUUUGGGAUGUGUCCUCAUCGAGAUGGUGACUGGGAAGGUAAGAACUCACACUCACUCAGAAAUUUAACUACAAUGGUUCUCAUACAAUCCAUCUGGUUCCCCCUGGUUCUAGCAUUUCUACUGCUGCCGCUGCUACUACUACUACCUAACACUAGCUACUACUACUACCUAACACUAGCUACUACUACUACCUAACACUAGCUACUACUACUACUUAACACUAGCUACUACUACUACCUAACACUAGCUACUACUACUACCACCUAACACUAGCUACUACUACUACUACUACUGCUACUACUACUGCUGCUGCUACUACUGCUACUACUACUGCUGCUACUACUACUACUACUACUACUACUGCUACUACUACUACUACUACUACUACUACUACUACUGCUACUACUACUACUACUAC